AUGAAAUGCUUGCAUUGUGAGAGCGAUGCCCUUGAAGAGGGGCAAGAACGAAGGUUCAAAUGCUUGAAAUGUGGCAGUGUUAUGGUCUUGCGCUUAUUUGCAGAAGAAACGACAUCACCUCUACCAGCUUCAGAGAAGUCGACAGACCCGAUUGCAGACUCCACUCAAAAAGGUCAGAACGUUGUAAAUAAUGGAAGAAAUGAUUCAGUCGGUGGGUUACCAGUCAGCUUAUGGAUCAAUGGAUAUUAGAAAUGCGGUUCACGGUUAAUGUAGGCCGUGGAUUUUCUUCCCUUGCUUUUUGCAUUGCCGAUUUCCGGGGUUGACCGAUAUACACAAUCUAGAUCUGUCAUUAUGACGCCAGCCUUUCUGCUCGUAUGAACGUUUUCAAAUCACUAUCUGUCCGAUAUGCAUUUGUCUCAUAUUUAGAUUUCUUUUUACACGAAGAUAAAGCCACCCAGGCUAGGGAUUUAGGGUUAGGAGACAAGGAAUAUAGAUGUUUGCAUUAAUUUUUCAUCAAAACCCGUAACCAGCAGGUAGCCACAACCUAUAACUUGUUUCGGGCUGGAAAAGUUAAACUUCAAGGUUGAAAAAGUAACCAUUUUGGCUGUUUUGUUGUUUCGAUGGUUAACAAUAAAAUACAAGAAUUUAAACUUUAAACGAGCUGAGCUAAUUAAUACAUAACCGUAAGCUUAUUAAACCGGCAAAACUUUACAGUACAGAGUUCAGAUUGAAAGCGGACUAAUAUAAGAAAGUUCUCCAUCAGUUUCCAAGGUCCUAAAUUUUUUAACUCUCUUAGUUUUGAAAUUGGAAAUACAACAAGUACCGCUUCCUUUUGCUGUAAGCUGGAAGCAUUCCUCUUAUCAUAAAUAGUAAUUUAUAUAUAUAUAUAUGUGUGUGUGUGUGUGUAUAUAUAUAUUUAUUUUACCUUUGCUCUUUUAUUUUCAUUUUUUUUCUUUUCUUUUUGUCAUUUCGCUUUUUUUAGCCUAGAACUAUGAUUAGUACGACUAUCUAAUAUUUAACAAUUAAUGAAUGAGGCUGAGUAUCUUAUGAAGAAUUAUGGAGAUCGAGGAGAGUGUACGGCCUCGACGGAUAACACCCUCCGAGAUCUCCAUAAUUCUUCGUAUGAUACGAAAGCCGAAUUCAAUAAUUGUUUUAUUAUUCAUUCAAAAUAAUUCCUACUUUAUAAACAUGGCCAAAACAUGCUAACCUCCAUCGAUCCGUCGAUGUUAAGUUCAUCUUCGAUAGUGCACGUUUAGGUUUGUCCAGCUCCCCAAAUAUUCUCCAAAUAGCAGAGGUCGCCCUCCGAGUUGUCUUCUUGCUGUUCUUGCCAUGUUUUUAGCUAUGUUUUUGCCUAGUUCUUACUCUUGAAACGAGUGAAAUGACUGCCAUUUUCAAGUUCACAAUCAAAACAACUCAACCUCCUGCCCAGGUCUUCUCGGUUAACGGUGCCUUAACCUGCGAAAACGCUGCAUUUUUGACGUCAUUUCCUCGUUAAACAAAAAAUUCUUCCAAAUUUGGUCAUCAGUAACUGGUUAUGGUGAAUUAAAUGAGUGCUUUUAGCCAAUCAGAAUCGGGAAAAUAUUUUGAAUGAAUAAUAAAUUUAUUUUAAGAUUUACUGUAGCUCUGCCAUUGAUUUUCCAAUGUGUAAUUAAUUGAUAAUAUUUUGUUCUAAUUAUCUAACUGAGGGAGCCUUAUAAGCCCAGUGGCUUCCCUUGGGCUUCCUUGCCAUGGGAGUUUAAAUACCGGUAAUUAGAUUUUUUUUUUUGCUUUGUAUAAUCUUAUGGCAAACAAAACAAUAAACAAUAAUAAGCAAUCAAUAUUAUGCAUCAUGAUGAAUUUAAUGAUGUUGCAUGGUCCCGUUCAUCAAUUGGCUGUUUAGCUUUAUGUCUGUCGUGUCCUUGGUCUAAAUUUAAUUUACACGACUACUUUAAUUUAUUAUGAUCAAUGUAGUUUAUCAUAACCAAGCCAGUCACUUGACUCCUAAAGCUAAAAAGGUUGUCUGUUGAAAUUACAGCUUACUGUAGUGUUUUUGUGCAAUAAAAUACACUGCCGUUAGUUGAUUUUUGGAGUUGUUAAAUCAAAAUUGAACAUAAUUAUGUAUAUGGUGAUGAUGAUAAUUUUUAUAAUGAUCGAUAAUAAUGAUAAUCAUAAAGCAGAGAAUUUGAUUAAGGAGAGUAUGAGAUCACAAAGAUAAAAGUACUGAAUAUCUACGGAAACUCAGAUCCUACAAUAGGACUUUCUAAUUAGAGAGUUUAAUUGAAGAGAAAGCAGCCUGGCCGGGCUGGAAGACACUCUCUGGUUAAUUUUUUUUUUUUAAUGAUUUUUUUUUUGUUAAUGAUGCACAAAAGUUUGCAGAGGAGCUAGGGAUGGAUCUAAAACUACAGCAUCUGGUCACACUGGGGAAGGCAAGAAAUGAGUGGGAAAUGGCAGGGUAAACGAAUAUAAUUUAAGUUAGUCUAGGCGAGCAACAGAAAUAGCGAGCAGUAAGUAUGAGCAUCGACUCUGUAUUUUUUUGUUCUGAUUUUUAUAAUGACAAUGUUUGACUUCAAGACCUGGCGUGACACCAAUAAUGUUAAAAGAAAGAGACCGUGGACAUUAAUCCUCUCAUAGUCCUGUCAUAUACGUCUCAUGUUGCAAACUUGGAUGUGGCCCUUGGUCAAAGAAAACUCUUAGCCAAAGCAAUGAGACAGCUGCGAAAGGACUCUGAACUGGCCUGUGGCCACUACCUUGAAGCUAGGCAGUGCAGAUUCUACACCUGUAACAACAAAGUCCUUGCAAAAGAUGGACGGCUCGACGAAAUGCUAAAAAAGACAGAAGGAAUAGGUGCAUUGGAUGUCCCUUUACUGGCACUGGGAGUGACCAAGAGCACUAAAGCUGGCUUAGACAACGACCCACAGGUCUUCUUGGGAACCACUUUGAGCCACUUAUUCUGUUUAUAGAUAUAUCAAUUUUACAAGUAAUAUAAUUUUACAAUAAUUUUGCAUGCGUUAUGAUGGACGCUUAAAGUGAUAUUUUACAUUUCUAAACAAUUAUUGUUAAUAAACUAUCAUUACCUUUUUUAGAAAAAAAAACAAAGGUUGGUCAUGGUUCGCUGCCUAGCCUUUGUGAUUUUUAGUUGGACCUAGCAUCCAGACAUUUCAAACUGCCCAAAUUGUAAAUAAUAAUAAAAAUAUAUGAUAGUAAUAAAAAUAAUAAUAAUAAUAUAAUAAUAAUAAUGAAAAAAAUAUAAUAUUAUGUAUGCAUAUAUGCAAACAUGCCCGUAUGUAUACACACUUGUAAGUGCAGCGUAUGUUUCUUUGUUAGCUUUAAUGUGUUUUUGGCACCCUCUUUAAAUAGAUGAAGGAGAAAGGCAAAGGAAAAGGAAGGGUGAGGACCCAGAUAAGCCAGCAAAGCGAACAUCCUUUUGUGCUGAGGAUGAACCCAACUCACCUGAGCUCACAGAAGGAGCAGCGACUGCCUUAAAAAAUCUUAAUCUUCCAAAGGAGGCAGAUGAACAACAGAUGGAAGGUCUAUAUGAAGGUAGUGAGCUUGGAGGAUAUAUAGAACCACCCAAUGAUGGCAGCAUUGACUCAGACCGAAACCAACAAGAACAAACUAAUGACCAUCCUGCAGGUACGUGUAGACUCACUAGGCCAAGUGAAUUUCUCGGUGGUUCUAUUAACUUUGCAUUCAUCUUACUGAUUUUAAUGUUAAUGGGGGCCAGAUGUGGACAUAAAAACUUACUUCCGAAUUGGCAUCUGUUCCAAAGACCUCAUGAAAUAUGCCUUGAAACUGAGAAGAAUUUGCUAGCUUCUGUGAAUUCCAUAAGCUUGCAUGAAGACGGCUUCUAUUUCCUGCGCUUCACAUGAAAAAAGGAAAAAUAUGCAGAAUUAGGUUGGGUGAUGAUAGCUUUCUUGACUCUGAUCUAUGCAACAGGAAUGGAUUUAAACACUGCUAUUGUUCAUUACAAAGGAUUAUGGACUUCUAUAGAAACAGGUGCAUAACUGAUGAAUUUUUCUCUCUUUUUCGAGAGAUUCGUUUGUAGUGGUUUCAUCAGAAGAAGCUUUCCCUGGGGACAAAGUCCUUCAUUUACAAACAUCAUUCUACUGGAGCAUGCUGCUGUGCAUUAUGGUCUAAAUUAAUUGAUUCAGAAUUAUAUAAUAGAGGCUUCCUGUAGAUGCUAAUUCUGAAGUGGCUGUUUGGUUCUCUUGAGAAUGCAUUUAAGAUGACAGACAGGCAGUCAGUACAUAAUAUGCACAUUAUAUUUUUAAUCCUCUGUUUAAUUGGUCCUGGUGGAUUGGAGUAAGUUAUGACAGACCCGUUUAGUGUUUUCUUUUUUGGAGAUGGUACUGUAUCAGAUCACUUCCCUAAAAUGUAAUUGGAUUUACGUCAUUAUGUACAGAAUAAUUAAUUUACAUAAUGAUAACAAAAUGUGUUGUAUAUGUAUACUGUAUGCAAGCAUGCAUUGCAUGUAUUACUCGCAACAUAUUUGUUUGUCUGCUCUUAUAUGUUUUUGUCACCCUCUCUAAAUAGAUGAGGAAGAUAGGCAAAGGAAAAGGAAGGGUGAGGACCCAGAUAAGCCAGCAAAGCGAACAUCCUUUUGUGCUGAGGAUGAACCCAACUCACCCGAGCUCACAGAAGGAGCAGCAGCUGCCUUACAAAAUCUUAAUCUGUUAAGGGAAGCAGAUGAACAACAGGGGGGAGUCCCACAUGAAGCUAGUGAAGGAUGUGUUAAAGCACCCACUGAUGCCAGUGUUGAUUCAGAGCAAAACCAAAAAGAAGCAACUAAUGACCAGCCAUCAGGUAGACUAAGUGAAACCUCUAAUUAUCUUACUGGUUUUAUCUAUGGCGUCCAGAUGUGGAUUUAAUUUUUUUUCAGGUACACUGUCCAGUCCAUUAGCAACUCAUUAAAUUUGCUUUGAUUGAUCGAGGAAAAAUUCAUAGCUUGCUUAGUAUAAAUUAAAGUGUAACAUAUGCCUUGCAAAUUGCGUGCAGCUUAUUAUAUAAAUAACUUGUCCUAUACAAGAAGAGACUAUGUUUUAUUUCUCAAGUUAAAGUAGCCACAUUUAAUACCUAAGAACAGCAAGCAAUGUUACAAAUAGGCUUCAAAAUACGAAACUUGUGUUUGUCCAUCAAAGUUCACUUUAAUUAUCUAGGGGUUGUUUUUUGGUUGAAACUAUCAAGCUUUCCUAGCGGCCGACAACUCUGCAACCUUUGUAUCUUUUUAAAAACUUUUAUGAAAUAUAUCAUUUACAAACAAAAUUUCAGUAAUUAGCAAGUAUUGAAGCAGCACUGUUUUGUCCGAGUCCAAUUUGUAAUCUGCCCUCAAAUGUCUGUCAUGAGGGGUUGGUAGGUCUUCCAUGGGGUCACUGUAGGGUGUCGUGGAAUAUCGUGCAGUAAAAACCGUGUUGGUUGUUCCGUGAACGUCUUUCCAAGGACCUGGUAAAUGCAGGUGAGAGAUCAAGAUGGUGCAAAGUACUGGGCAGGCCAGCUAAUGGGCAUCCAUUUCAAUGUUCGAAAUUUUGGCUCACCACUUGAGGUUGGAAGAUUUUUGAAGCUGAUUGGGUUAGGUGGUUGAGCUGUUUUUUAUGGUAUUGAUGUACCUUCCAGGUUUCACAUGCAUUCCGCCCUACUGUCUUGCGUUCUGUCUUGUGCACAACUGUCUUCCGUACUUAUUCUCUCUACGCUUCUGCCUUUGCUGUUUGAAAGGCUGGUUUGUAAACAGUCCAAAAAUAUGAUUUCAAAGGUUCUAUUUUGGGGCAAUGUGCUUCAAAAGUACUUAUAAAUGUACAGGGCCAUUGACCGUGCUUUUGGGCUCAAUGUACCGAACCUCAGUCUUCUUAGUGCUGACAACGGCAGAAUGAGUCGGACGUUUAUACAGGCAGCGGAGAAUUUGUCAAUACAACAUUGCCUGAGUGUAGAUUAAUUGUUGCUACGGCUAUUAUAACCCACAGCUGCCCGUUCAUUUUUUGUCCGUUGCUACAGGAUUUGAAAACUCGAGAUGGGUUGGAAAAAUGAGUAUGAAGUGACUUGCGCGGUGACUAAUGGAUUAACGUAAGAAAGCGUUGCACAGUUGGUUGUCCUUAUCCACUCGUUUAAAACUCAUCUGUAUCCAGCAGCAAGGCAGGGCAGUGCUGCGCGGGGUCGGAGUUGGGCACAACGAAUGACCACGAUACUAGCGCUUAAUGCGCUCUGCAAUGCAUUUCUGAGAAUCGCCUCUCCCCCACUUGCCUAGGGUAGAACAUAUUAGGCUUGAGGAGGGAAACAGUUGCCUUAGGGCCAAGGGGGGGAGGGGUAUUCCGGAUUUCAUGUAACAGGGAUAAUCGAAUGGGGGCAAAAAUCAAAAACCCCUAGGGCUUCCAACAAAAUCCAGUAAAAUCCUUGGACCAAAAAAUAACCCCCCAAAAAUCCUACGCCAAAUUUUCGAGCCUUAAAAUUUUUCAGAAAGCAGUAAAUGAUGUAACACGAAAAGUUUGGUUGUACUGUAUUCGCAGAACUACGUGGACGCGAUACGCCGCGUCCCUACCACGAAUCUUCAGAUGGUUUUGAAUACCCCCCAAAAAUCCCUACUUAAAUAAAGCCACCCAAAAACAUACUUGCCAAGUUUUCCUGCUAAAAAAAUUCCGGAAUUGAAAAUUUCGAACCCAAAAAAUCCUUCCAUCAUCCCCUUCCCUUGAAGUCCAGAGUACCCCCCUGGUCCUCAGGGUAGGUCUAGUCACAGGUAUAAGCCUAUCCAUCAUUAGGCACUGCAGCCCCUUGUGGGUAGUCGUAUUCUUAAGCUCUCUAUUACUGCUUGUUAUUUGUGCAUGUUGACGUAUCGCCCGUGUUUUGAAAUUCAUUUCUCCUGACCUAAAUGGAACCAUACAAGAUGAUGACAACAACAAAGUGGUACCUGGAUCUUCCAAAGUUGGCGAUGGUCCCAUAGAUGCAGAUCCUGCUCCGGUCAAGACGGGUGACGGCGACGCUAAGGAUCAGUCAGAGGAGAGCGAUGCUAUAGAAGGUUCUAAACAACAAGGAGGUGUUCGUUCUCAAAAGGAUGGGGAUGCUAAUGAUGACAGCGAUGAAAACGAAUCAGACCAGGAGGUAAUGUCGUGUUAACUAGACUUGCCAGGUUAAAUACUUACAGUCUAGUGCUACGGUGAUUUGGCCUCAGACUCAAAUAACUGGAAGUUUAUUAUGUUUUGUUAUGUACAAAAGAGGGGAAAUCUUGAAUUUAAGGAACUAGUCCAGGCAGCCCAAGCUCUAAAUAUGUGCGUCCGCCUACGUUAUGGUUAUAAGUAAAUUUCAGUGAUUAAUACAUCGAAAAAAAGUGACCUAACGUAGUUCUGUUUCUUUGCCGACGUUUGCCCCGUGUGUGGUUUUUUUGGUUAAUAAAACCGGGUUUAUUGGUCUACUGAUUUUUUCUGUGCACAUAUUUCCAUCUUCGCCACCUGUGUUGGUAAAGGAAAUGGUUAUAUCAGGGGCAUCAAACUAUCACAAACAAAAUCUCAUUUGCAUGUGCGAGAAGAGGUACCAAUCCACGUAAUUUUAGCUCAAGUUCCUUCACUUAUUACACUGUGUUUAGCCUGCGUAGCAAGCGCCGGUCAUGUCGCGUCCUCGUGAUUUCUUCCCAUGCCCUAAAAAGUGGCGCCCCCAGCCUGUUACGCAGGCUAUUUAUUACUACGAUGCUCUUGUUAAUAAUAUAAAUUUCAUUUAGGAUAAUAUUUUGUAUAGAUUUGCUAGCAUACUAGACAAUCAUUUGCAUAACUACAAAAACAACAACAAAAACAACAACAAAACAGCAUGAGCAAAAGAAAGUAAGAAAGACACCUUUCCUGACCGGUAAUUUGCAUUUGUUUUCCAUUAGGAGGUCGUUUCGGACCCCAAAAAAGAAGUGGGACUACAACCAACUUCAACAAACAAUAAGAAUAAAGGAAGGAAACAAAGGAAAAGGGAGAAAAAGAAAGAGAAGAAAAAGAAGAAAGAAGAAGAAAAACGACUAGCAGCGCAGUGAGUACUUCCUUCAGUUCAAAUCACUUUAUUUUGGAAAUUUCAAUUUUACAGCAUAGAAAACAAACAAACGGACAAUAACGAGAAAUUUCGUCCGUUUGCUACAUGAACUUAUUACUACCGCGUAUAGAUACAUGUACAACUUUGCCUUCACUUUCGGAUUAUACCAACUGCUUUCUUCCUCUUAAGGGACAACGACGACGGUAGUAACUUCGCUAAAAAAAUAGAUAAGCGUCCUUUAAAACUUUAUCGCGUUUAUCUGGUCUCUUUUUAUUUGUCAAAUGUCGGCGAAUUCUCCUGGAGUUGAACUCGUAAGAACUUAGUUUAGUUUAAAAAAGAGCCUGGUCCAGUUCGUCGUCGUAUGUUCACGUCCUACAUUAAACGUUGAAUUAGGAGGUGUCAAAGACGUCAAAGAAAUGUACUGAAAAGCGUGAUGCACGUAAAGAGCUGUUGUUUUGCUCAUAAAACCUAUUGUUUGUUCACAAUGUCGUCUUAGGGGUUGAUGACUCGAACCAGGGCAGUGACCUGGUUUGCCUGCAUGGUCCUGUUGUGCGUUUUACCACGGACGUUCAAACCUGUCUUGCAACAAAUAAGGUUGCAAGGUUUUUUUUUUCCGUGGGUGGUAAAACGCGCUACAUCGCUAUUCAACUCGUUUCGGGGCAAUGUUGCAAAAGGAGUUGCACGUUUUUUGUUGCCCGUUUUACCGUGCCUUUAGACCUAUUGAUUUUUUUGCCGUUCUCGUUACCGUCACCGUUUAGCAUAACACAAUUUUGUUUUUUGUUUGAGUAACCAAUAAGUAUAUUAACGAGACCUUUGCUUUUAGCCCUUACUACCUCACCUAAGCGAAUCACCUCACCUACCUGAGGUCCCCCACCUCCAUGUAAACAGGCCCUUAUUGUUGCUUAAUAAGCCAAAAUUGCACGUCCAGCACCCUUUUUUGUACAUUUCUUUGCUGUUGUUUCGCAGACUACAAGGUGAAACUUCCUAGUUACACAGGACGAUUCGCAACGACGUUUUUUUGCAACAUUGGUGCUUGGGGAAAUACUAUCUCAGCUAUUUUGGUUUGAUGGUUAAAUAAACUUGUGGCCGGUCUUGUUUUGACAGGAAGCAAUUACAAGAAAGUGGUGCCUCCAAAGGAGCGUCGGCACAAAACGCAGUCAAGAAAAAUGAAAAAAACCAACCCAGCAGCAAUAAGCAAACUCAAGGCCAACAGUCAAAAAACAAGGAAGAAAAUGAUAAUCGCACAAGUGAUAGAGAUGAUCAAGAUAAUACAGACAACACCGAAUAUUUUUCUAGAAACAAGAAGAGUAAAAUGAUGGUCUUUUUUCAUGCUGUUCUUGCCCCUAACUUCAAGUUUGAUGCUCAGCAAGGUGACAGAAUCUUCAUGAGGUUUGGUGGCCCUGUCUUUGGAGAUUUCAAUACUGAUGUUGUUGAAGUGUAUCCCGAAAGGUACAGUAAAUGUCGUUAGGUAUUUAAAAAGGAUGCUUUAGUGAAUAUAUGCAACUGAAACAACACAACUGUGCUCUUUAUGGCCCGAGUACCUCAGCAGGGUCGAGGUGAUAUUACUUUAAGUCAUAUGUUAGUUUUAAUUAUUGUAUUGUUUCAAAAGUUCCUUCGAUCUUUAUUAUUCGUUUUACUUGCCUCAAGUUCAUGUUGUGCCGAAAAUCCAAAUUCUGUUGUACCGCUAUAUUCUGUGAAAACAGUUGUUAACGUGAUUCUUGGUCUGAGUAUUGUCUAUUGUCGUCGCAGCCAAGUUACGUUACUGAAGUAGUAUCCAACAUUUUUAAAUGACAACAAGGAGUUAAAACUCCUUAAGCCUGGUUUCCAUGUCAUCGCCCAGAUCUUUCCUAGUUCCCAGCCCUCAAAAAGUUCGCUUCGCAUUGAACGCUUUUCGGAUGAGUUACGUUUCGGAUCGGUCAAGUUCAACGUAGAACUGAGGUUUGCGGUCAAACGUCUGAGGUGUUUUAGUUUGUAUUACUUUAUGAGGCAUUACGUGGAAACCCUGGGGAGAAUUUUAACAAUAACAAGUUAAUGUAACUUUCUUCGAAGUUUUGUCAAAAUAGUUGGCUUCCUUUUGUUGAAAGCACUUCACGCUCCUUUAAAGUCAUGUGAACAAACAACGCCAAAAGUAUCAGCAGUUUCAAAACGUUUAGUGAACUAAAAGAGUGUUGGCAGCAUAUAAUUCAUUGAACUGAGUGAGAGUAACAACCUUAGCUUAGAAGUACUUUGCUUGACUUUGCAAAUUUCUCUCGUUUCCCCGGCCUUUUGGGUAGGUUAUGUCUUCAAAAUGGAUUAACCGUGUGGGCCGGUGGAAAGCGGUAAAGGAAAUAGGCAAGUCCGUGUCGUCCGGAUCGCCUCGACUUCUUGUGCGAUUGAGACGAUCCAGACGGCUAUAUAGCAUAAAGUUUGGUUAUUUAUUGGAAUUUCAAGAGGAAUUAAGAAGUUAACAAGAUUCUAUUUAACUGUAGUCCUUUAGAAAAUGAUUUCAUCCUGGUUGGAGCACAGCUGCAGUUACCAGUUGAGUACGCUUCUCGCACACUCCGUUACAAGUACGUUGUAAGGAAGGAAAACAGAAAAGACAAGCAUAUGUGGGAACACUUAGACGGGUUUGGAGUGAAAUGCAACAGAUCCCUUCAAAUUCCAAAGGCCAGGCGUGAGUCAGGAGGUAAUUAUUGUUUUUUUAAACCUUUUCUUGUGUUGAAGUGUCCUUAACAAGUUGAAUUUUUUCUAAUGACUAUUUAUACAUUUUUUAAAAGAAAAACUAUCAACGAAAACUAAAACCUGCAAAAAUAGAGGACAGUAGAACAGACAACCGACGCCGAAUAAGACCACAAAACAUGGCUCUGAGAAUAAAACAAAAAUUAAUUUAUGCUGGCAAGAGGAAAUUGUUUUUCUCCCCGUACGAAUCCUCAUGUUUCGAGGGUGGUGCAAUAGUGCCAACGCUCAUAUUACACAAUUUGUUAUAGUGGAAUGUAUAUCAACUCACCAAACGUUGCUGCAAAGUGAAGACUCGAACCCAGAAUUCCAUCAUAAACUGGCUUACCGUAGAGCGAAUACGGACGAUUGCUGAAAAAUGUUAUAGCCUGCGAGAGAGCCCACUAUUUCGAUUUGCGAGUAGGCGAGCCACGAGGGAACGCACGAGCGAGGAGUGGAGAAGAGGAGAGCCCUUCCUUUCUUUUCUCGCCCCUUCCUCUAGAGUACCCUUUCGCGUACCGAUCGCGCGUGACUCUCUCAAUAUCCCCCAAAUGGAGAGCUUUAAUACUUGCAGGUUACGACUUUCAUCACUUUGAGAGAUGAUUGUAUCGGCAUAAUUCAGUUCAAGAAGUUCACGUUUGUUAUUGUAUCAAGCUUUUGCUUCUUUUACAAAUACAAGAGCUCACCAGUUCUAAAUUAAGUAAUCUCUCUUUAAAGGAAAAAUGACGCUCUCUGUUUUUCAGCUGUUUGGCACCAGUAUGAUGAUGCUAUUUUUAGCCAACAAAGCCUUUUGCAAAAAUUUUGGAACAAAUCGGACCCUCUUGAAGGCAGAAACAUUGCGACGAGGGCAAUGUUGCCUCUUUGGGAAGGAUUCACAGUAGGCCAAACAACCACAACUAUGACUGCUUGGGAGGCAAUAACAGCUGUCGGAGAUUUAGCUCAUUGUAUGACUAAAACACAAGUGGAAGAUCUUGGCAACUGGAAAAGGAAUGUUCCGCUAUUGUAUGACUUCAGUGGAGUAUGUACUUACAUUAUUACAAGUGUAGCUAGCAAAGAUAAAAUUGAUUUCAGUUACGUCAAUCUUUUGUGCAACACUAAGAUGUCCCAGGAAUUGUUGUCAGUGAAUAAUAAGGGAGGACAGUAGUGGUAUUGCGGAUAGGUACAUGUUCAUGUUUAAUUGGUGAACGGCAUUAACCUUUUGAACUUAGUUACAUGUGUAUGUAAAGGGACCUACCAUAAUGAAAGGGAAGAGGGGAAGGUAGUGUUUCUGCUUUACUUGUACCCUUCUUUUUUCCGUUCGCAAUAUGUACCUCGUUUUCUUGUUGUUGGUGUUGUUUUUCUCUUUUAUAGCUGAUAUGUGUUUUCUUCAGAUUUUCUUGCUGUAUGCAUGUUUUUUUCAGGUUUUUUUUUUCAUGUUUGGAUUCUGUUUUGUUUUUUCCACCCGCCCACUAUUCACUCUUCUAAUGGUCCGGCCGUUAGGUCAGAAUGUGCUGUAUUGUAAAUCAGCUUUGGAAGCUAGAUUCAGUUUGUAUCGGUAAAAGAUCUCUUGAAAGUCCGCUAUUGGAACUGCCGUGGCCUUGGUUUCGAUAUGUGGUCUUUUAACUUUGAUCACUGAAGACAUCGAAGAGAAUUAGCUUUCUAGCUACCUGAAGCAGGGGUGAUUGUUUGUUGACCAGUUGGUGUUAGUGCUUUGUUUGUUUUUCUCUCGAUUAUCUCUUUCGCUCUUGUCCCUUUUAGCUUUUGAAGAAAUUCCUUCAACCGAAGAUUCACGAAAACGCCUCACUUCAGUCAGCCGUAGAAGAAAACAAAAAGAUUCGUCGCUUGGUUUCAUCGUUGGCAAUUGCUUACGUUAUUCAUACGCAUCACGUUGUGCUCGAUAGAGAGGAUUAUGCGAAGCUGUUUCCAUCUCUCAUCCUUGAGCGAGACCAGAAUGGACAAACUUGCACUCCCUAUGACAAACUUUUAACACACUUUCCUGGUGUGAAUUUGCCGUAAGUUUUUUUCUUUUAUCAAAAUUUUUAUAGAUCAAAAGAAUUAACUGGUGGAGGGGGGGGGGGGGUUAGAGCCAAUCAGAGACGGUAAAAUGUUUUGAAUGAAUAGUAAUGCAAUAUACAACAUUCACUUUUUUGACGUUUUGCUAUUUUUUCCAAAUGAUGCCCACCAUACAUACCACCAUGACUAGUGCAUUUCAGUGACAAUUUUAUUGCGUCUUUUACAUGUAAAACAUUGAAACUUAAAGUUCCUAAGUGUAGUGUAACGAUGUAUGCAGAUGAUCAUCAAGCUUAUACUUUCGGGGAAAGAUUCGAAGACGUUGAGAGUAUUUUGAACCAUGAGGGGAAGGAAAUUUCAAACUGGUAUAAGGACAAUCUACUCAUGUGUAAUCAUGAAAAAUUUCAGUCUCGGGUCGAAGCAUAAAAAUAAACAGAUGAAAAUUGAUGUUAUGAACAAUGAUAUUGAGAGUCACUCUGAAAUGAAAUUAUUGGGAGUGACCAUUGACGAGCAUUUGAAUUUUAGUAGGGAUAUUGGAGAGGUAUGUAAAAACGAAUCUAGGAAGGUUGGUGUUUUGAUGAGGCUUCGAAACAUGUUAACAACAUCUGCCAAACUUAAGAUUUUCAUUUCUUUCAUAAUGCCUCAAAUUACAUACUGUCAUACAUUGUGGCAUUUCUGUCGGGCGUCGGAUAGCAGAAAGAUGGAGCAAGUACAAGAGCGAGCGUUAAGAGCCGUCUACUGCGAUACGAGAAGUUCAUACGAUGAGCUCUUGAGAAAAGCUAAACUCACGAUACUAGGCUGUCGCCGAUUGCAGGAUAUAGCCAUAAUUAUGUAUAAGGCAAAGUACAAUAUAUGCCCUCCGUACAUAAAGGACAUUUUCAAGCUCGAUAAACCUCGCUAUGGGCUCAGAAAUUCUGGUGACUUUUUAUCCCUCGAUACAACCCAACAACUUACGGGAGACAUAGCCUAAGAUAUGUGGGUUCAGUAAUAUGGUCUAAAUUAAUCAAGGAUGUAAAAAACGCAGAAUCAAUUUACAGCUUUAAAAAGAAAAUUCGUAAGGUGGAUCUUGAAAAAGUAAUCACAGAGGGCUGUAAAAACUGCUUUCUAUGUUGUACAUAAAUUGACAUUUUCUAGACAAAAAGGACACCUCUUAAUCAAUAAGUAUUAUUUUAUAUGAUAAAUCCGAACACUUUUUAUCGAAGUUUUUUUUAGUAUGUUCGAGUUGUUUCAGAGAUAUACAAAAAAGCGCCAGAAGUCCAAAUUCUGAAUUAAAUUGCACUUAGACAGGUGGUGAAAAAACGGGUUAGUUUUCAAGAUCGCCAGGACGAAAAUGCACCAAAAUUUCCUAGCAUCGAAAUAUGAUAUUAAACAGCAUUCUGACGCUACUUAAGAAUAAUUUGAGUCAUUUAUAACGCUUUUAUUAAAUAAUCUAUCACAGCUAUUGAAAAUUUAAGGUCUGAAAUAUAUUUUCGUUUUAGUCGAAUUCAAACAUACAGAAUUUUUUACUUCUUACGGAGGUUGUUUGCUAAACACCAAACUUUAAGUUCCUAGUGUUAGAUUUCCAGUAGCUGGUCUAGAUCGCUCAAAAUUCGGCUUUUAUCAAUUUCAAAGUUUUUUGUUUAUUGUUGUCAUAGUAAUAUCGAUUUUACUUAAAACUACAUUUUGACAAAUUUCAAUCCAUAGCCAAUUACUGAUGAAAAUUUCAUAGCGAUCGGACAAGGAAAAAAUCACUUUUAAGGCGAUUUAAAAAUAUCGGUAUAGCCUCUGAAAAAUUGUAUCGAAACACCUUAAAGUGAAAGGCUCAUAUCUCAGUUUGUCUAAGGGCCUGUUUAUAUAAGAUGAAGCAGCCUAGUUAGCCGGACUGACCCGCUCAAUCGGUCUGUCACGCGCAUCUCAUCCCUCAGUUCUUUUUAAACUUUUGUUGCAUUAUAUGAGAAGGUGAGAUCUUUGUUGGAGCGACUCAGCCCACGCCAUCUUAGAUUACUGCAUGAUUACAACUUAAUAACUUGCAAAUCCACUCGAGCAGUUAUUGAAUGAUGUUCUUUAUGCUUUUUUUUCAUGUAUGCAAACAAACUAGUGUCCGUUUAUGUUAUGCUAGGAAGCUGGGUGAAGCCAUUCAGGCAAUUUGUAGGCAUGCUGCCAAGGAAUAUUAUAGCCUUCAUGAGUGGUUGUUUGCCGUACCCUUGGUCCAUUUUCUGACCCAGGCAUCAGAACCGUUUAGUAGUGAUGUGUUGCUCAUGGAGGAACCUAAACGUAACGAUGAGACCUGGUGGGGUGCCACUGGCUUUGAAACGAAAUGCGUGAGAGAAAGAAGUUGGACAGAAAACAGGUAAAAAAUCUUUAAGUUUAUUUUCAACGAUGAACCAGUUACUUAUGAAACACAAAAAGCAUUUACAAUAGCAAACUUCAUUUAACCCAUCAUUAGAAAUAGUUUUUAGGCGCCUAUAGAGCUCUUAUUUUUAGUGGAUCUAUCUUAUGGAGGCGUCACAAGAUGCUGAAUAUCUCCGGAUUAGUUUAGCUGUCGAUAUGAAGAUCUGGAAUUCCGCGGAGUCUUGUUUCAGGAAUAGUUGCGAGGCCCAGAUACGAAAGGUUUAGCUGAAUGACCAGUUGUAUCUCCGGCAUUUCGAGAAGACAAAGAGGUGCUACCGUAAGGGUUUGAACAGAGUCAAGUCCGUUACUCCAUUUUAAGACGAAAGGCUAGACUUUCAUAAGUCAUUCACUUCUCAUUUCCGGUUCCAAAAAAAUCUACCGCUCGUGCUUCGCGCUCGUGAAAAAAAAUUGAGCUCGACUUGUAGGCAAGUCUAGCUUACCAUUUGGGCAAUCACCCUGUAAUCGUAACCAAGAAUGCAACCUACAUCUGCCUUUUGGCCAACAUGCACUGAGUAUAGACAAGUCUCUUAUUCUCCCUGCAUGUGAUUUAAGAACACUAGCUUUUACAUACAUGACGCAAGAAAGUUCUCUUCACUCAGUACCUUCCAUGGACAUUACUCUUCUCGACGGGAAUAAUCCAGCUGAGCCCUUCAGUACUGCUUUUUAAAAUUUCUUCCAGCAUGCUAAAGUUACGAUCGGUACGUACACGAUAACAUCUGUGUCCUUGCAAAGGAUCCUCUACUUUACAGAUGCGGGUAGAAUUGAACAGAGGAUCCUCUGCUGUAGAAAAUUUAUAAUCUUCACAAUCGUGGGUUCGAGCGCAAUAUUCAUUGAGCAAUUGCUUGCACUUGCCGAGUGCUGGCUUUAGUCAGAUCGAACAAGCGUUUUCUUCUCGCCGAAUGAGUUUAGCUUCAGAGAACUGCGCAAAUACUGCAGCCUUUCCUUGCUAAGUUUAGGCAGAUUCUCCCAGCGAGUAUUGAUCAAUAUUUCUUCCAAAAAGAUAUGCCUUCUUUCGAGUUUUUACUCUGACGUGUCACGUCUGACCAUCCGCAGCCAUCCGCCAUUUUGAAAAUGCGGUACUACCAGGCCCCCGCGCGGUAUGAAAUUAGGGAAUUCUUGAUGUUGACUAUACCACAUUCCACAUACGUGGAUCUGACUGGCUCAACAAGAACUAAAAGUAACACUGACUUUAAAAUCAGGCCUACAGCAGCAAGGCCAAACUGUUUAAAUUUUCAUUUUUUAACCUUUACGUUAAUGACUGGAACUAUUUACCUUACUCUAUUAUGUCAGCUUCCAGUUUGAACUCUUUUAAAACUCGAUUACUUAAUUAUUUUUGUAAUUAGUCAUAUUUUAUUAUUUCUUACUUCAUUUGAUGUUAUUUUUCUUGUUAAUCAUUUAAGUAGUUCCUCUUGUUUCUUUUUUUUCUUACAUAAUGUACAGUUAUAUUAUUCUAUUUAGUCUCGCUUGCGUAAGCAGGGAGACUCAUAAUCCGCAACGCGUUUUUCGUCGUAUUUAGGACACAAAAGGGGGUUCAUUGUGCCAGGCGUUCCUUGCGGAGACCUUAGAAACUGGGACUAAGAAUCGUUGUGUGAUCGAAGCCAUGCAUGUUUUGCGAACAAAGCUUAGGAAAGAUUAAAUUUAGAGCUUUUCCGAAACAUGUCGGUCCGCGAAUUGUAUCAGUUGAAAGCGUUGAUUACUUUGGAACAAUGAACACUACUGAGUGGUGGAAAAAAAAUAAUCUUAAUCAGCAAAACUGCGAUGGUCGGGUGUUGUAAACUUUCAUUGUAUGCAAAUGAGUCUUGUGAUGAUCAUGCGGUCUAUUUUCGGCGAUGAUUGAAGUGACGUGCCAUGUAAAUCACUUUUUUGAUUUCUGACAAUGAUGUAAUUUCUCUGGAAUGGAGGCCCUUGAAUUUUCGUAUUUUUAUACACGCGUAUAGCCCGCAACCGCAGACGUAUUUCAUGUCGUCGCUAACACUCGUACUAAAUCAAUACAGAAACAAAUAAAACGUAUCGACAUCGAUAAAGUAGGAAGUAGUAAAUAGUCCAGUUUCGAAUUCAUCGCGGCCGCUGAAUGGAAGCGCUGAGGGCUCAUUUAUACAGGGUUAACCUCGACCUACGGUAGAUAUAGUCACAAAUUCCAGUGAGAAGAAGACCUGUGUAGAAGUGUACCUGUGUGUAUUGUUUUGAACACAAAUUCAGGCACCUUCUCGCCGGUAUUUGCGAAUAUUUUACUUUAGGUCGAGGCUAACCCUGUAUGAAUGAGUCUUGAGUGGUUCUAUUCAGUGGCCGCGACGAAUUCGAAACCGGAAUAUUAGUCCUGUUUCGUGUAGAAUUAAUCGCCUCCUCAUUUCUGGAUCUAAUCUACAAGCAAGCGAGCGGGACCUCCGCUGUAAGAGCGUUCUUGUUUUAAUUGUAUCACCUUUUAGUUUUUGAGUGCAGUUUUAAAUUUGGAUUUCAGUGUGCCCCUAUUGCUUUCCUUUACCUACUGUACUUUUAUUUAUAUAUUUUUUUAAUGAUGAUUGUUAUUGUUAGUGGUAUUAUUAACUUUAAACUUUAAACUUUGACUCGUAAAUAAAGUUUUCAUUCAUUCCUUCCUUCCUUCCUUCCUUCCUUCCUUCCUUGCUUGCUUGCUUGCUUGCUUGCUUGCUUGCUUCCUUCCUUCCUUCCUUCCUUCAUUCAUUCAUUCUUCGAGUGCAUUCAGUUUCAUUGUAUGUUUCCAUCUGCAACAUUGCACGCAACAGCGACACACAGUUUUUGAUCUGUAUAUAACAGAAUUUAGUCUUCAAAGCAGUAUUGGUGGUAGUGAUGGUGAUUGCGAUAGGGGUCGUGGCUGCCGUUUCGAGGUGCCAGAUCCAUGGAAAGCUGAUGGUGUAAAUAAGAGAUUGCAAGGCAUUUGUGACGAGCCGGAAGGGCUCAGUUUGCGUCGGGAAAACUAGCCCAUUGUUAUAGCGUAGCGAAAAAACUACUAUGAAAGUUAACUUUUGUAGACUACAGUAAAGGCAGAGUGCCUCAUUUAUUGUGUUUCGGUAAAGAUAUUCCCGCACUAAAAUGAACGAAUAGAGGACUUCUUUGCAAAAUAUGUGAAUGGAAAUUCAUUUAUUAGUAGGCUUAGUAGUUUUGUUAUCUGACUGUCGUAUUUAUUUUCGUUUUCCAGAUGCCUUUCGUCCUGGAUUGAAAGGUUUUUUCCUUUAUUUGAGCUGGAUCCUCUUUUUAGAAGGACGUUUCUCCUAGUAGUUCCUGUUCAUGUGUUUGGUAAAAUUGCCUCUUCGGGGGCUUUUGCAUCCGUUGAAAUAUACACCACGCUUGGCAAGAUCUUAUUUGAAAAGAGCUACUUAAUGGAAAAGGAGGUAUCACUUUUACGAGCUUUGAAAUUUAGCAUUAGUCCAAGUUUACAUAUCGAUAAGCGGCAAGUUUCUGAUCUCUAUUUUAUUUCAAGUCUUUACGUAGCAUAUAUUACAGAAGCAAGAAAACAUAAUUAAUCUCUCACGAUAGAAUGUAAUACUUAGCAAUCUCAUUUUCGGGUGCGUUCGCGGACGCGCGUAAACUUAAAAGUUGAACAAGGUUCAACUUUUACCUUUACGCGCGACCUUUCAUACGUUGCCUCUAUUUUAUUUAUGCACGUAAACAUUACGCAACAGUGGAAACCACCCUAAAGAGCGAGCCAAACUGCCGAACCACCGUCUUUGCUUUAAGUUAUGCGUUCGAUAACUUUGUAGUUCUUGAACAUUGACUUUUUUAGCGUAGGCGGGUUAAAAUAUUAUCCUUAAGAUUUUUUUUUAAAUGUUAAGGAUAAUAUUUUAACCCGGCUCCGUUUCUGAUCUGCUUUUUAUGUAGACAGCACUGCAUUGAUGUAAUUUAUAAUUGUUGGAAAUAACAUAAUCCUAAAAUUUUCAAGUCUUUUUCUGGUAAUGGUCUCUUUCGGUUUAGCCAGUGCGACGUGAGUUGGUGAAAAUAUAGAGUUUUUGUAAUGGCUUUUGUUUAAUUUUUGUUUGAAACUCACGCUCUCUAUUUCAUCUAGUGGGAGGCAGUUGCCAACAGCUUUAAGAUGGAUUUCAAGACAGUCCAUAAAAUGACAGCUAAAGAGUAAGACUGAUUGAUUUAUGCUUCUUAGUGAAUUUCAAACUGGUUUCAAACCAGUAGAACCAGUCGUUUGUGUGAAGGCCACUCUAAAUUAUUACUCAUUACAGUCAACUCUCUCUUAACGGACACCUCGUGUUGGUCCCUGCCGUUUUUGAGUCAUUUUACUGUAACUAUGAGACGGACAACGGACACUUCUGAAGCCGUAAACAGACUAUUGAGAAGUGCUCUACGCAGUAAAAAAUACCUCACAACCACGGAAAUGUAGGUGCUCUACAUCACCGUAAAUUGCAAGAUUUCUUAUAUUUUGUAGUCGUGAACUUUUGCUCGUGAUAAACGUUUGAUGGCUUAAUAAGAAAAUGAUUCCACUUUUCUGUUACAGUGUUCCAGUUUUAGCUGUUUCACACAAGUUAAACAGACGUGUCUUCAAUGCGCAUGGGUUGAGCUUACGUUUUUAAUGGUGUCACGUUACCUUGACUCUCUUAUAAGCCGGACAGUCGGGGCUAGUCCUGAAGGUGUCCGUGUUAGAGAGAAUUGACUGUAUUUUUAGAAAUGGAGUGAUUGGCAAGUUACUAUGUUAAAUUGAUCUUUAUGCAUCGUAAAUUUUUAAAUUUCUUUUUCAAUAGGUUUUCCUUCCCAGGUGAUAACGUCGUCUACAAUCAAGAAGUUGUUCUCUGCUGCAUUUCCUGCCUACGUAUUCUAAGGGCUGUUUGCAACUCUAAAUGCAGUAUGCAAGUGCUUCGUGAUGGUUUACAUAGCCUUGAGUCUUGCAUCUCUAUGCUUUUGAAGACCGCUAUGACAGAGCAGGAAGAAGAGGAAGCGUUUGAUAAAGUUAAGAAAUUUUUGGCGAACUGCUUUGAAAUCAUCAAUAAGUGGUUGAAGGAGAACUUGCGUCGUGAAAUUCCUUGCUAUCUAAAAGAUGCGGCAGAGAAAGAACUUAAGGUAUAUUUAAAAAUAUAGCACACUUAACACAAUGACAUUAUCUUUAGUUGAAAGCGAAAAUUACAAUUUACAUUUAACUUGAUUCUUGUUGUAAAGAAUUAAAUGUCCUAGCGCUGAUUACCGUGGAGGAAAACAAAACAGGAAGAGUUUUUUAAACCGUUAUAUCGACCAGAAAAACGCUUAAGGCCGCUCUAAGGCUAGGUAAAGACCAAGGAAAAGGCCAACUUAAGUUUGUUUUUCGGCAUUUCUAAGGGUUAGAAAGAUGUCAUGACAAAAAAUUUACCCGUUACUUUUACGGAUGGAUUUGUAGGUCUGGACCGACCUGCUGUCUCUGGAAUGGACGAAAGAAAGAUGCGAAGAGCUUUGGAGAGGUCACCUGUUAGAGAUGUUGAAAAUGCGCUUGGAAGUGGUAGGUUUACAGUUAUUUUUUAUAUGAAAGAAAUGUAAUCUAUGCUGUUAUAAUGUAACCUCUUUACUCUAGCUGUGGUACCUGCUUUUCCCAUUCAUUAUACUUUGCAGCCUCAUAUUGGCUGUGUAUGCAAGACAAUUAUGAACUGGUCCUGUUGGUCUUUUAAGGUGUCGACUUUAUUGAUAAAAACCGGUUAAUUAAUAUGGACUGGUUUUUCCUGACUCUUAGAGUGACAGUAACGGUCUAGUGGAAGUCUUCAGCAAAACUAAUAUGGCUGCUCAACACAAAUGUGUACAAGACUUGGUGUCUGAAGUGACAUUCCAAAAAGUGGAGGGUAUGCUCCAGGUAAAAUGUGUUUGAUUACUCAGUAAAAUCGCCAACAUUCAUUUGUUAACUAAGGUCACGUGACUGCUUUGCAACCACGCACUUGCGACUGAUGAAAACUGAGCGAUUCAGUGAACAAAUUUAUAACAUUUCCAGGCUGUAAAGUAUUGAAGCUUACGUCAGCGGAACGUGUAAUGAACUUUUUCGCUUCCAUUUUUUUGACUAAGUGUAUGAACUGUGAUUUUGACUCAGGCAAGGUAAUGGUAAAUCGCUUUUAACUGUGAAAGAAGAAAUUUAACAAUUAAUGAAUGAGGCUGAGUAUCUUACGAAGGAUUCACCCUCCGAGAUCUCCAUAAUUCUUCAUAUGAUACGAAAGCCGAAUUCAAUAAUUGUUUUAUUAUUCAUUCAAAAUAAUUCCUAGUUAAAAAACAUAGCUAAAACAAGCUUACCUGCAUCGAUGUUAAGUUUAUCUUUGAUAGUUUACGUUUAGGUUUGUCCAGCUCCGCAAAUAUUCUCCAAAUAGCAGAUGUCGCCCUCCGAGUUGCCUUCUUGCUGUUUUUGCUAUGUUUUUAGCCAUUAUUUCGCCUAGUUCCAGCUGUAGUUCUUACUCUUGAAACGAAUGAAGUGUCCACCAUUUUAGUUUUUGCAACGAAAAACAAAUCAGUCUAGUCCCCAGCUCUUCUCGGUUAACCUGUAAAAGGCUGCAUUUUUGACGUCAUUUCCUCGUUGAACACAAAAUUCUUCCAAAUUAGGUCAUCAGUAACUGGUUAUGGUGAAUUAUGCGUGUGCUUUUAGCCAAUCAGAAUUGCGGAAAUAUUUUGAAUGAAUAAUAACAGUUUUUAAUGUACUGUAUUUCUUUCCAUUAAAUCACGUGUCCUGAUUUGUUCGCGAGUGGUUCGGAAUUCUACGAUCCAGACUCCGGCCCCGAUUCGCGCGCAGCUCUAUCCACAAAAAAAACAAAACAAUCUAACAGUUUUUCAUACUAUUUUUUAAUGUGUUUUUUCAUUUUUGCAAAAAAAAAAAAAUAAAUGAAUAAAUAAGAAAAUGGGAAAACCAUUUUUUUAAACAAUUCAUUUGGAGGCAAAUGACUAUUACAGUAUUUCGUUACAAUGAGUGACAAUGAAAGCUUUCGUGAUGAAUGCUAGUUUCAUCCUCAAGUUUUUCUUAUAAUGUCGUUUUGCUGGAAAAUACGCAUCAGUUCAUGGGAGAAUUAUGAGCUGAAAAUACUACCAAGAAAGCAAACUUUGGUUUGGAAGUGCAGCAGAGGUUCUGUGACAGUUUCAGGGGAGAACGAAAACCAGAAAACACAACUGCAGACGAACUAAAAGUUUCUCCUGUUUCGUUAAAACCGAUAUACACUCGACCUCCACUAUCGGCCACUUUUUUUGGUGGACAUUCCAUACAUUGGCUCUUGUUUAAACCUCUCUACAAAGGCCACUUGUUUCUGUCCCAAAGGUGACCGUUACGGAGAGGUUCAACUGUAUAUUGUACGCCGGUUAAAGGGUUACUGCGAAUGAACGGUAACCCAACAGUUCAAAGGACGUUGCUCACGAUAUUUCACGAAUCGGCUGGCACAUACCAUUAUAUUAUGGUGACAUGUUAGUUUUAACGUAAUUUAUAUGCAUUUUACUUCAAUUCUUCUCUCAGACGGGAACUGAGCGUGAGGAGCUCUUUAAGAACCUUUCGGAGUAUGGCCUUGGAUCUCCUCAAGCUUCAAAGUGCGGUGAACUCUUAACACUGAUGCUUACCCAUUGUUGGCCUGAACCACAAGGAGGCAUUCCCUGCUCCAGUAAAAUGAUUCUCCGGCAAGUACUGACCUGGAAGUUAUGGCCUUGCUUUUUCCAGAGAUUCGGUAAGACUAUAACUGGAUUCGUUUGCGAAAUCCCUGUUAGUAGAGGACCUUUUCUGCGUCCGAUUUAACUGUCAGUAUAUGCGUUUAUUGGUGCCAAAGUUGACCAUAAGACGUGUGAAGGCACUUUGGUGUACUCUUCGUUUACAUCCACAUGUUGUUUGCUAAGAACGUUUCUAUGUUUUCAGUUUGUGUUCGGUUGAAAUAUCUGUUAGGUAAGGUGUUAUUACCUCUUAUAAAGAGUUACAGUAGUCGCUUAUGAGUUUGGUUUUUGUCACACGGGACCAUGUUUCCAUUGUAUUAGGUGGCAAAUCGUAUGUUGUUUUCUAAUUUGUCGAGUUCAAGGAGUUCUGUAGGCAUAAAAAUAAUAGUGAUUUCUUCAGAGAGGUAACUGCAAAAACUGCAUGCUUAUUCUAAUGCAAAAACUGCGUAGUAAUUCUAAUGCAUAGUAAUGCAAAAGUUCUUAUUCUGAAAACGUCAUUCGAGUGACUAGAUGAAAAGGCUCUGCAUGAUCUAGCUCUAUCUGGACUUCCAUGCUUUACGAAUUCUUUGUUUUUAUUCUGUGUUUGCUCUGGGGAACCUGUGUUUCCCUUCGGUUUGGUUGAUAAACCAACAUCGUUUCAACGUUUCAAGAGAAAAAAUUCAAAGAAGAAAGCAUUAUGAAAGCUAGCCUGAAAACCUUAAAGCGAUAUCAAUCAAGCAUUUCGCUCGUGGCAAAACACGAGAUUCGUUAUCACUGGGACGUUUUAUGACAGCAAGCUCCCAUUCUGUUAAAUAACGAUUUGGUCAGGUUCUUAGGAUAUAUGCUUCCCCCUGGAGGUAGGAAGCAGCUCACUCAAAAGGAGGUACCCCACCUAGUAGAACUAGAGGCAUAUCGAAAGGGACCUGGAUCCUAGAUAAAGAGCUAAAUUUCACUUUUCUUCAGUAACAUUUAAGCUGUGAAGUCUCUCAUUGCUCCAGCAAUUUUCAAACGCAAAUGACUGUUGUGAGAAGAGAACAGAAAGGAAAUAAAAGCAUGCUGCUAUUUUUGCCCGUUGUUUGCAUUUUUGGGUGUUAAUGACGACGUCAUUAUAAUUGGAGUGCUACAAAAAUAUAAGUAUAAAUGGAAAAGAAAUGAAUCGCGGUUGAAUAAAAUUAUAAAACACUGACAGUUGACCAAUUACUUUAAAUAUGUUACACAAACUUAUCUGUAAAUACAUUUGAUGCUGCAAUAUUAUAAAGAAAACUACAAAGAAUCGUUUCUGGGGUUAGUUAGAAAGUUUUGUUUUAGGAGACGUUCUUUGCUUUUCAUCAGGUCGAGAGUCUGAUUUUCGCCAAGUACUUAAUCCAGAUGGACAGGAGAUUUUGAUGAAGGCUGUGUCAUCUAUUGAAGCUGCAGUCAUGUACCUAGAGGAUGAAUCUAUUACCUUUCAAAUGCUAACUCUUAUAAGUGAUAACUCUGAAAGAUUUCUGGAGCUUUGCGGACAAAUGGAACAGAUUACUAAAGAGAGGAGUAAGGAAUACUUGGAACAACUGUUAAACCAACGUAUCAUCGAGCUAACUGCAUUUCAAGAAGAACGAAAGAAAGUUGGUUCCUUUGUCAGGAUGUGUGCGCUCAUCACACAAGGUAAACAACGAACGUUGCGCGGUUUUUAUACACCAUAGUUAUGUACUAGUUGAAUCUUAGGGAUGACAUCAAACCUGGCAAAGGCGAAACGGUCAAAUUCCUGUCAAUUGACGAUUUCCGGUUUCCCAACCAUGUGAAGAUAUGGUGAAUGUGAUCAUUUUAGUGAGUGUAGUCCUGAAUAGGAUUGUUGGUAACAUCGGCUGAAGUUUCGACAUCCUUGCGGAGGUCGACAUCAGAGACAAAGUGUGUAGCAAGGGUGGCACAGUGGCGAGAGCACUCGCCUCCCACCAAUGUGGCCCGGUUGUUUGUUUUCUCCCUUGCACCGAGAGGUUUUUCUCCGGGCGCUCCGAUUUUCCCCACUCCUUAAAAACCAACACUAAAUUCCAGUUCCAUCUGGUCAACGCACGGACACGUUUCAACGAGUUCUUAAAAAUGUCUAAGUGCUUUGUGGGUAAACUAAUUACACUUUCAGUUUACAGCUAAAAUAUAUCAUAAACUAUGACGUUGCGCUCGAUAGGUUAAUGGCGCAUUUAUAGAUUAAAUCUUGGGUUUCUCUUUUUUCUAGUAAAUGUAGAUGAAUUGUCGAGGAAAACUGUAGUGGACGCCUCUUGUUUGCCGAUUAAAGACCUGGCACGGUCAACAGUUGUUAAUGGUAAAGUACGCCCAGUGGUAACGUUCUUUCAGCUCUCGCCUAAGGCAAAGGCAAUGAUUUCAGAGCUCAGCACACUAUGCAACAGUUCACUUCUUCGACGAUUUUGGAUUGAAAAUGGCAAAAAGGCACUUUCACGCGUUGCACAAAGGCAAGGACAUAAAGGCUUACUAAAUGUCGACGAUGUUGAAGAGUUGGUAUGGGCACCAUCAAUUAAACAGCUGCAGUCGUUGCAAGAUCGUUUUAUGAACUGUACCAUUUCGUUUGGAGAGAUUGACAAGUUCUUUACGGUUUUCAAUAGCAACCAAGACCUCGCUAACGAAUUCAAGCUUAUCACCUCAAGAAAUGGCAAUAUAUUAGCAGCCCGCGAAUCGACAAUCGACACUCGCAUUGAGCAGAUAAAUGAAUACUACAAAUUGCAAACCUGCACUGCCGCCGCUGGUAAUAUUUUGAAAUUUAAAGACAGUUUGGGCCUUCAAGGAGAUUUUCAGGCAGUAAAAGAUCUACAAAACCAGGUUCAUAUUAACCUUCACUUAAUAAAAUUGAACUUUCUUCCCUGUGUGGAAAACCUUGGAAUUUCCUGCUUGCAUUUUAACGCCUGACUGGUUCAUGUCACUUGUUACGGUAAAAUAUUUAACAUUUUCUUACCCUUUUUACACAGAUGACCAAGGAAUUCAAACAGAAACCACUAACGACCAUGAAUGCAGCUUUACAACAUGCAGGCAGAUUAUUGUCGGUGAUAACGCCUGAGCGUGCAGAUUGUCUUGAAGCUGUUGCUGAAUGCAAAGAUCUCAUAUCUUGGAUAAGGAAAACGAUCAAAGGUAGAAUAUGCGGUUACUUUAGCCAUUUUCACAUUGCGUUUAUUGAAAAGAGACGGAAGCGGCGAUGACUAAACUGUGUUGCUACAUAACCGUUGAUAGGACAAUGAGUUUUGACCUUUUAUUGUGACCUUCUAUUCCUGACAUUCAACGUUUGAACUAUGGACUAAGCGAGUCAACGUAUACUGGUUACUCCUGCUCUGCAAAUAGUGAGUGAGAAACAAAAUGUUGUUGGUCCGACCCUCUUAAGCCAAAGUUCCACAUUGCUACCACUACUUGUCGGCAUUUCGCUGGGGGCGUUUACCAUCCUUACUGGAUUCUCGACUGUCGUAAAGAGUCUUCAAAACUGACUCAUUAAAAACGCUACCACUAAUCAUGAUAGUCACUUAAUGUUUAGCUUAUAAUAUAUAGAUAGUUAGGUAGGUAUAGUUGAGACAGACGCAGACCGGCAGACAACUUAAAUGGCGAUUGAUCCAACAGAAGGCCUGGAUUUAGCCGUGACUGGAACUUUUCCCCUUGGGAAAAGCUUGUGGAACCCCAAAUGAAAUAGGCCCAUUUCUCGUCGUCGUCUUUCCCGACUCAGGCCACCUCUGUCAGAAGAUCUUGUGAUUUAUCUUUUCUUGUCGAACUUUUUCUUAGGCCCCCAAGAACUCAAGGUCCUUGUGGAUUUGGCGAUAAUCUCAGCUGGGGAGGCAGACAUGGAAACGUACAAGAUCACGUGUCUACAUACCAGCUGCCUUGGCUUUGCCCCCCUCAUCUUUGAUUUGAAACCUACCUUUGGAUUUGAGAAACUGAUGAGAGCUUGUGAACCAGUUUGGAAUGCUGUGGAUGCUGACCCCACCCUCCCAGAAAAAUUGGUAGGCUUGUUUAACAUAGAGUAUGGCGAAAUAGGUAAAAUGUUCAUUUUGUCGCAAAUGUGAUGGGACUUGAACCUAUCAUUUCUGAGUAGCGAUCUAUUUGGUUGAUAGCGUGUUAUUUGGGAAUGGAAUUUUAAUUUACCUGAAAGGGUAAUACAGAUAUUCCAAGUAGUACAUUUUUGAAGAAGUAAAAGUAAAAUAUCAGACGUCCAGUACUUCUGUACUUAGUGGUAUGUUUGGAUCAUUUUGAAAUUCCGUUUAAGUAGUUAAUUCUUUCUACGUUGAUGUUGCCGCCUUAACCUCCUAGCGUACUAACGUAAAGUCAAGAAUUUUGUGAUUGCAUCUGGCUAUCUUGCUGCAAAUGAAAUGUUAGGUCCUUGUUCAUAGUCUGAUAGAUUUGCGUGAAAAUGCCAUAUUUCCUAAGUCUUCUUUAACAGGACAGCCAUUAGGGAUUACUACAAGUAUUCCUUCUACCCAAGGACAAUUACAGAAUGGAAUGAACUCCCAAGGGAUAUAGCUUAGUCCAAUUCAAUGGCUGCUUUAAAAAAUGCAAUUUCAAACAUUUAUCAACACUUUUACUCCUUUGCGCUCAUAAGCGCCUUUUCAGUCACUUUUGUUUUCCCUUUUUUUUAGAGCGGUCUGAAAUGCUCAGUAUUGAGUGACAGACCUAAAUGGUAAAUGUAAAUGAAAAUGUAAACAGGACAGUCACACAAAAGAUGACUACUUUAAACUUCACAAUAGGCCAUUUCCGUACUCCCUUAAGCCUCUUUUUCAAAGUGAGUACUGGUGCACAUCUUUUCGUUUAAAAAGAAGUUAUGCUACAAAUGCAGGUUAAGCUGAUUUUUAUCUGAAAGCUUGUCGCUUGUCUACCAGGCCUCGCUUUGAUAGAGAGGCUGACUGUAACUUAGAAAUGGGCUGUAUUCAGAUGCUUUGUCAACGGGACUACUCAGGAAACUUCGGUUGCACUUCUACAUAUGAGUAUCAUCAAUUUUGCAUUGUUUACCAUUAACUUCCACAUGUAGUAAUUCAGCUUAUUUCUUUGUCUUUUUGCUUGCUUUGGCCUUAUGCAGGUAGCCACAAGUGACCAGUUAGAGUGGUUGAAGGGGGUAAAAAAGUCUCAUGGUUCAGUAGCAAUGUCCUCUCUGAUGGAAGCUCAAGCUAUUAAUGAAAAGGGUGUAUACCGUGUUGGUUGUCCCAGUAAGGAUGCCUGGACGUCAAUGGAAACGUUGUCACUCGAUGCUGUGAUUGAACUCACGGUAGUCCCAGAUAAGAAAAGAUUCACUCUUGACAACCUGAAGGAUUUACAAAGUAAACUGAUGCUUAUUGCGGCCAAAGCUUCACAUGGAAAAGAAGACGUGGACCGAUUUGUUGAUGUAAGUCCAACCUUAGGUAGUUCUUAACUCUGGUCAGUUAAAUUUGAAACGGUUUAAAUGCGAUAUGGGGUGAAUUUUUCUGCAACAUAAUAGAUGUGAUAUUUUGCCUGACGUUUCCUUUCGUGGCUCGAGGAUACUUUAAUCUUAUAGGGUUACAAUUGCUUACAGCUGAACGUAAAGUGUUAGGUGUACAUGGUUUCCUUAAAUGGAUUGUGACAAUCGGCAUCUAGGAUAGCCCACAACGUUUAUUUAGUUGUUCCUGGAAUUACUGAUCACUUUCGUUAUACUUUUUCUUCUAAAGGUUCUUCAUUUUUUGUUUUCUUUCGGAAUUAACAGAUCCUGCAAUGUGUUCAGCGACUUGCUACAGUGUACAUCGCUCUUUGCAAAUCUGGAGAAGUAAGCCAUCUCCGUUGGAGGCAUGAAUUUCAGUGUACACCGCGGCUCUCUACCAACCGCUCCCUUACACAGGAUUUGGAAGAACAAAGUGCCCAGAUGGAGCAGUGUCUUGAGUCGUGGAAAAAAGAGCUGCAUACUAAGCGUAUUCUGUACAAUGAACUGAAUCAUUUCACCACCCGUCAGUUGUUGUUCCUUCGAAAACAGCUGGCUGUUGUUCAGGGAAGAGGUCCCAGGGCUGUCGAUAACAUUCCUCUUGCGGUUUAUAACCUGUUGGAGAGUGUUUUACCUGGGGUUGAGCCAGCCAUCCUUAAAUCUGUACUUAUCUCUUGUGGAAUUUGCAGCCAACAAACCGGCGACAGUAUCGUCAGAUCGUAUGGUGCGACCGGCGCAGUUCAACCCAGCAUUCUAUUGCACCAGCCGAGGUCGAAAUCAUCACAUGAAGAAGUGUUUCAAACGCUCGUAGCAAAAUUGGAAUCGAUUGGUUACUCAGAGACUGAGAGAUUUGCCAUUGCAUCAAUGAUAUCAUGCAAAGAUGCCAGCGAGUUAGAUCUCUUUGUGUGGUGUGUAAAAAACGCUGGGAACAAAGAUCUAAUUGAUGCUAGUUACUCAGAAGCCCUUCGUGACCCCAGAUAUUUGGCACUUAUCGAUAAAGACAGUACCGCAUCUAUAGAAGAGGAAGGGUGAGUUAGGUUUUAUGUUUUAUACAAAUCUACACAUGAAACUAUUUAAGCGGCCUUAGCUCCCACGAGUCCCCUGUAGCUCAGUGGUAGGACACCCGAACUACAUACCAGAUUGCUUUCGAGCCACCUGUGUCACUGAACCAAUAAGCAUCUUUCUUAUUUCUUCACGUUUGAAAAGGCAGAUUGGGAAUAAAAGCACAUUCUUGUCACUUUAGGCGAAAACGGAUGGUACAAUUUUCUUUGUUUAAUCAAACGUUAUCCUACGACGUUUAAAUUUCCUACUACUGUAACCAUCGAGGAACAGAUAGCAUGUUGUGAUCACGUUGCUAAUAUUAAAGCCUGGUUUUCAUAUGUCGGGAAAAUCCCAGACGAUCGGGGAUUUUACUGUUUCCCGACUGUUCCAGAUUUUGCCUACUACUGAAAACUUGAAAUGAUAGAUAUCGCCGAUCGUCUGGGAUGGACGGGGACAAGUCUGGAGAAUCGGGAGCGUUUCUAUUUUCCCAACGCGUCCCAGAUUUCUGCGAUGGUCGGCGAUCAUUCCCGACAAAUGAAACUCAAAUUUGUACCGUCGGGGGACGUCAGCGAUGAAUUUCGGUCAUUACCAAUCCCCUAAAUUGCUAGGCUCCAGUCCCCCUAUCACAAACAAACAUGGCGUCUCUCGAGAAUCUGGGACAGACUUCUGGCGAUUAUUUGAUAUAUCGGCAAACUCUGGGAUGGUCGGCGAAAAGUAAAAUCCCCGAUCGUCUGGGAAAUUUCCGACAUACGAAAACCAGGCUUAAGGUGUGGUUCCUCAAAACUCGAAAACUACAUUUGACCAGCAGUGGCACUGCCAUCAUGGCAUGAGAGAUAGGGAAAUCCAGUGAUGUAUUUACAACUAUUUACGGUUCUUGGAUAUUUGACUUUUUUCGAUUUCUUUUAAGUUCUUCUGCAGCGGAUAUGAUGAUUGAGCCCGAAGAAGUUCCAGAACCCAUGGAAACUACUUUUACUUCUGACCAGACAGCAGGCGGGGAGUUCUUAAGCCUUGACGAGCUGGGAAAAGUUCUAAGACAGCUUGCUUUGCAAGGUGUGAUUCAGCAUUCACCUUUAGAAAAUGUCCACUUAUCACUCAUAUUUGUAAUUAUCAAAAUGGCCAGACACGUUUUUUAAAGCGAGUCCUGUUUCUCAUCCUAUCGUAUGAAAAUAACUUUUCAUUCACGUGCAAAUGAAAUUCUUGUUCAUGCACUGGCCGCCUCGCUUUCAUAAGGGGGCCUAAAGGAAUUCGAAGAUAGGUUCUUUAAAACUAAAACAUUUCGUUUCAUUAUUGCAGGUUCAAAGAAACGUAAAAGACGUCACCCAAAAUAUCUUAAUCGCGGAAAGCCAAAUCUUGUGGUUGUUCCUAAAGGUAAAGAAAAAGGGGGAAACUUUAUAAUUAUAAAAUGCGCUGUCUUUUUCUUGCCUUUCUCUUCCCUCCCUCCCACCCUCUUUCUAUAAUUCUGUCGUUGAAUUUCUUCGUCUCUCCUUCCUUUCUUCCUUCCUCUCUCCCCUUCGUUCUACUUUUCUCCCUCUGAUGACUGUUUGGAUUGUGUUCUUCUUUAAUUAUUGAUUCAAAGGUUUGUCGUUAAAAUUGUACUUAGACCUAUAUUUCAAAUUCGUUUGUUCUUUUUAACCCCUUUCCUUUGUUCUUGCGCUUAUUCGACCUCAUGUAACAUAAUUAUUACAUUCCCAUUGUAGAUGACAUUCUAGGAACGGUGCUGUCCUUGUACAUGCAAGACACCUCACAAUCUCUGCCAAGUUCUGAAGAAGUGUUGAUAUGCUCUUCUGAUACAACUGCAGAAGAGGUAAGGGUUUUUUAAAAAGACACGUCUCCAUUUAGAACUUCCAUUUCGUGUAGUCAUGGGAAUCUUAGUUAAGUUGUUGAAGGAGACAUGCUACUCGGGGUAAAACAUUUUGUAAGGAAGUUUGUGUUUCAUAGAAGAUUCAACGCGUUACACAUAUAAUCUUUGCGGCCUUUUUUCCUAUGUCUGUUGUUGGUAAACAGAGCUGAAAGAGCAUAAUUACGACGUAAAACAAUCCGGGCCCCUGACCUGAAUCUGGACUGAUUAACGUUAUCAGUAUAUAACAUUUUGGCCAAAAUGCAUGUGUAGACCUCUCUCUCAAAAGUCCCAUUGGCAACAACCGCGUUAAAACUGAUUCCUUUACAGAUUGAGCUUCUUUGGCGACGAGCCCUUGGUGACAGUGGUGGUCAGAUGUUCUGUUUGGUAAAUGUUGACCUUCUUGACUACAGUGUUUCCCAGAAAGCUGCUGACAGCCUGGAAAUCUUACUGCAGGAACCUCAAUACAAUCGCAAUGAUGGUAUUUAAAGUUACCGUAAUGUUUUCUCUAUGCAGCUUGGCCCAGUGGUUAAGGGGGCUAAAUUUUAAGGCGGUAGCACGAGUUCAAAUCCUCGCUCUGCCUACAAAGUGCAGGGCUUCUGACAGGUCGCGGAAGAAAAAGUCAAAUUUCGCGGGAUUUUUAGGAGCAAAUUCGCGGAAAAAUCGGCCGAUUUCGCGGUAAUUUCGCGGGGGUUUUCGGGGCAAACUUCACCAAAAAGCAAUCGGUAAAAAACGGCCGAUUUUGUCGUUAUUUUCAAGGCAAAUUUCGCUAGGAAUCAAUCAGCUUUGCGCUGAUCAGACCAGCGUUUUUAACGUUUUUCUAACAGAGGUCAUCAUUUGCUCUUUCAACAACAAUACGCUCCAGAAAUGAACCAAUGGCGAAGCCUUUAACAUCAUGGCUAGUGCCCAGUUUUUCGCAACACAUUCUACGUCUGGUAGUUUCGGGAUGUUGUUUGCACGUUUCAGUGACGAAGUUCUGACAUAAAUUUGCAAGUUUACGGCAAGUAUAUAGCCCCAAUAGCUGAAAUAAGUUUCAAGUAUGUUGUGCAGACAUGUAUUUGAUAAGAUUUCUACCGAAUUUCGUGGGAUUUCGCGGAUUUACCUGAAUUUCGCGGCUCCGCGACCGCGCGAAAUAUCAGAAGCUGUUGGGAAACUAAUUUCCAGCUAUAUAGCACCUACACUUUAAGUGUAGGUGCUAUAUAGUGCUAUAUGUAAAUUUUCCGAGCCGCGAAGCGGCGAGGUAAAUAUCCCUAAAGCCACUAUUCACCGAGAUUGAAAAGAAUAAUUGUUUUAGUAUAUACACACGGAGUGAUCUCAACAAAAUCAGCGAGGAAACCAUUAACAAAGUACGAUUUGAUUGACGGAUCAAAUCACGCGAAAGUUUAAAAAUAGAUCUUUGCAGAAUUUUCAAACAUGGCAAUUAACAAGUUUAUGACUUCGCAAACAACAGCGUAAUGGCUUAAAUGGAACCGUUGAAAGUUUAAAUUGUUUCCUUAUUAAGUACCUGAGAAGAAAAGUAGAGCUUUGUUGUUUUCUGUUGACUCGCGAAGUUUAUAGGGUCAAAAAGGUUUGUUGUGUCGUUCUUCGCAUGAAGUGCUGACUAAAAUGGCGGCUCGGUUGCUCGAGGUAAGACGUCGUCUUCCUGGAGCAUUCUUUUUCCUAUUUACUUGAAACGUAGAAUUUCUGCAAAUAUUUGCUGUCAAAUUUUUUGUCAUAAAUAUACUUUGAUUUUUGGGCCAAAUUUUUCUUGUUAGGAAACGCUGAGUUCACGAAACGGUCUCUUCUACGCGAAUAAACGGGAGUUUUAAACAAUCCAUCGAGCACAAAACUCAGCUACAGUAAAUGGAAAAACACCGUUUUGAAUCCUUUGAAGUCUUUUCUUGCCUUAAAAGAAGUCAACCCUAGGAUUUUGUCGACUUUUAAAAGAUCAUUCUCUAAAAAAAAUGGAAAAAUACAGCGAACUCACACAUUAUCCACUCGCUAGGAGGUGAAUAUUGUUGAAUAGUCCGAGAUAGCGAACCAAUCAGAUUGCAUAAAUCACCAAGAUCACUAAGUGUGUAUAUAUUCGUAUAUUUGUACACAAAAAAGGUUUUCCUCAUAGGCUCCGCCUCGGGAAACUCUGAGAUUUUCGGGAGACAAAAUUAACUGUUUUCCUUGGGACCAGUCAUUAAGUGUCUAUAGUGUCUAGGUAGUUCUGAGAUCAGCUCCUCGGCCACGCUUGUAAAUAUCCAACUCGGUGGUCUCCUGCCAGUUGGAAGUUGUAACCGAUAAUUUUUAUUUUUUGUUAUUUUUUAAUGUGUUAUUGAAUAAAGUGAAAACGCCAAAGUAAGGUCCACACUGUUGCCGUAAAAACAGUAUCAGUGACAAACAGUCUUUUCUUGGCUGAAAUACUCGGAAAAACUGAUAUAAUAUCGUGCAAAGAAUAUAUGUAUAUAAUACAUAAAUAUGCAUGUAGUUGACCAAACUCUCCCCGAAAGGCAAUGUAAUAGGGAAGAUGUUUGUUUACAGACAGUCUUAUUAUCUUUAACUACGGCCACAGUAACACAAACGGCCUCUGUUUUAAGUAACAGCCAACUGGCCUCAGGUUGGCUCAUGAUAUCAACAAGUUGCCUCAGUGAUACCUACACUAAAAAAGUGUCUAAAAAUGAAUCAUUACAAAGAGGAAGUACGAUUGUUAUGACUGUUAAGCUCAUUCUUAGAGGGUUAUAUAAAUUCUCUCGUGAUGUAUUUUUGCAGACAAAAGCCAGAAAUCGCUUUCUUUUUUCCUCGUGGCCAAGCAUUUGAUCCACUUAUUUUCGUGUUAGGGCUGUCUCUUGUGGUUAUCUGUAGUUCUGAGAAUGAAGACAGAGCUCAUAUGGCUGCAGCGCUUGAUCAAUACAGACUUGGAACUAUUUCACAUUGUGCUGCACCAAAGGAUAUCAGGCAAUAUCUACAGACGCAGUUCAAGUCGUGUCCUCAAACACAAGGAAGGUUUCAAGAUAAGGUCAUUCCAUGGGCACCUGCAGCAAUAUUGGACAAACAAAAGUAAGAGGAAAACCUUAUACGUUCUGUGUCGUUAAGAGAAUACGAUUUUCGUUUGGUUUCACCUUUUGUUGUCACUGUUCUGAUAUCUGCGAUCGUAAAAAAGGAUUUCCUCUCUACGUUUAGUGAUGGUAGGUAAUCUAGUAGUUCAAUUUCAUUGUCGAUCUUACCAGCAAAAUAAUAAUACUAAAAGUGAUGAUGUGGCUGUGGUGGUGGUGGUUUAAUAUAACAAAAGUAGGAAUCCUAACUGGGUAAACCAGUUGGCUAUUCACAAGUGCCUGCCCAGUGUCCGGGAGGUCAUAAGUCUUGGUUUCUAUCAGGGACGAAGGAUUUCUUCUUUGUCUCAUCCUCGUGGCAUAAUGGUUGUUAAAGCUUUCUUUAUUGGUGUGUCGUAUGUAAGGAAAACCAAUAAUGUGCCUGUUCCAUUGACUUUAGCAAUACUCCUCUAUUAUUAACAACCACGAUAAUAUCAACGGUAACAGCACCGACCACUACCAACACUUCCGACUUAGAACUCCACAGCUAGACUACAGCUAGAAACACUCACAUAACCAUGAACUGAACCACGAACACUAUCACCAGCCACCGGUCAACAUCCCCCAUCGUCACCUCUUGAGCAGUGCUAAACAUAAUUCAGCCCUCAUUACUUGAAUCUUACUGAAGUUUUAAGAUGCAUGCGACCACUGCAAAUGCCAAAGUUGCAAGUCAGAAUUGCAUCCUUUUUGGUAUUAAAAAACCAUUCUUGUUUCUUGUAGACACCAAACCGAAAUCCAGUUUUAAUAUCCAGGAGGUUAAUAAAGAGAGUGAAAGUAGUUGCUUUUUUCUAAGAUAAAAUAUCUAUCUAUUUUUUAUAGGUUGUCAGUAAGAGUUGUAUCCUCUGAAAGAGCAGGUUCUGGCAAGAGCUUGGUGGUUCGGCGACUAAGUGAAAGCUUACUUGAAAUUGCAAACAACUCCCUUGUGACUAGUUACCUCAGAGAUAUGGAGGCAGAUGUGCCCAUGUGUAUCAGCGUCCCAAUUUAUGGACCAACUGUCGAUCAGUGCGCCGUUGUAGAGUCAUUGUUACCGCACGUGAUUGUUCCUGAUCUGCCACUUUCCCGAAUUUUUCAUCUCGACGUCCAUCCGUCGGUAAUAAUUGUUACAGUAUUAAUAAACAAGAAGAAUUUUUUACGGUCUCUGAAUAUAUUUCACGUUUUAAUGUGUGUUAAAGCAAGGUUCGCACAGUCUUGAAAAGUCCCUUAAUUUUAGAGGAAGUCCUUGAAAAGUCUUUGAAUUCCAUUUUUCCUUGAAAAGUCCUUAAAUUUCUGUGCAAGUUCUUGAAAAGUCCUUGAAUUUUCUUCAACUUUAAAUGUAGUGGCCUGGAAAGUGUUUUUUGAUGCUGUUUGGUUGUCCAACACAGAAUAUAAAUCAUAGCUCAGAAAAUUAAAAGGCUAUUUACACGAAGUGAACUGAAAACUGUAGAGAAUUUGGUGAAGCAAACAGUUCAAGCCUUAAAGCGUUAUUAGAAUAGACUGGGAAUGUGCAUUUAUGUACAUUCUGUGAAAUUAUAUUCCUAGUUGGUGGUCCUUAAAAAUCUAAUGUGGCCCUUGAAAAGUCCUUGAAAAAUAGUUGCAAUUUUUUGUAUGAACCCUUCAUAGGACACAACCUUAGAACGUUUGAAUCGCACAAGAAAAAAACAGCAACACGAAACACGUCAGCUCUUAAACACUGAAUAAACAAUGUGUCUGCAGCAGGGCUCGAAAAAAGACCCGUCCGGUUGUCCGGGACAAGUAGACAUUUUUGCUGGGGAAAUUAACUUUUAAAGUUCACCUGCCCAGUGGAUAAGGGUGCAAGCAAGUCUACCUCUAACUAAAUCAUAGACGAAACUAAGACGAGGAAGAAGUGGUCCCAGGCAAGCCAAAUGUGAGAGAUGCUUGCCCGAAGGACAAGUUGGAACGCAAUUUUUUUUGCGAUCCCUGUGCAGCACUAAGAUAAGCAAAAAGUUUAUAUUUACGUGAUUAUACACUUAAAAUUAAUAAAUGUCCAGAUGGGGAUCGCACCUAUGUAAAUUUAAAAAAGUUCGUUAUAUAUUUUCAUAGGUAAAGAGUGGUCUUGACUCUCUUUUGUUCAAUCUGCUGAUCCUUGGUGUUUUGAAGAGCGGUAGUGGUCAGGUCUGGAGACGUAGACUAUCUGAUUUGUAUGUGAUUGAACUAACCACGGGACCAACACAAGUGGACAACGAAACCUUUCAACGGCAAUUGAAGACCCCUAAGGUAAGUUGCCGUCCAGAAAACGCAUUCGUCAUCAGUACGGUGCAAGUGCUCUUGUGAAAGACUAUGAGUUUUAUCCUACUGUAUUUGUAUCCUCUUUGCACAGAUUUUUUAUCACUUUCUAGGAGGCAACCUGCCUCGGGUGCUUUUUAUUUUGUUUUACUUUUUUUCUUUCUCUCAAUUCUUUUCUUUAGUUUGGUGGUGCAUUAAUAAGCAAAGGAUUUAAUGUACACAGCGGUUUUUAGUUUAUACGUCAUGUUUCGGAUGCUACAAGACGAUUUUGACGUUGUUUGGUCAAACCACUGCAAAAUUCUGUUGGAACUCGACUCAUGAAUAGCAAAUUAUCCUCGAAAUGAGAGUCGAUUACGAUCUAUAUUAGACCACUCCAGACAGUGAUUCUGAAAGUGAGAAUAAGCGGAAAUAAAAGGUAAAAAGGUUAUCUUUGGAAGGCGUUGACACCAUCAAUUAUCUACUCCGUAGCGUGUGGACUCUAGAAAAGGCAAAGCAGAACCUUUUUACAGGCUGCUGCCGACUAUUGAAUGUGGAACACCAAUACAAACAUUAAAGAAGUUAAGGACACAAGAAAUGGGUAAGCGAAAACAUUCAUUAAAUACUCUUUAUACUUUUUUUUUUGUUCGCGGAGUCAUCGAGCUGAUGAGUGACUUUGCAUUAGAGCACAAUCCCACGUUCGAACAUGUUUUUAGCAGACCUGUGCGCACAGACUCAAACUCUAGAAAAAGUUGGUUGGACUGAGAAAUUGUGCUGGCGUUUUCCAUCGUUAAUUGACAGCAGCAUUUUUUUCUUCGUUUGACCAAUGUUCUAUAACUGCGCGAUUUUUCAAUAUCGUUUUAGUUCGCUAUCUGGUGGUAAGCGAGGGUAUUAUUUCAUUCUUUGCGAUGAAUAUUGCCAUUUAAACAUGCCCCUUGAGUGUUAAACAUUAAAGUAACUUAAUUUUGAAAGUGUAAAUUGCAUUAAUACUAAAUGGCUUGUAAGGAUUUUGUUUCUAAUAUGUUGAUUGUUUUCAAAAGAAAGGAGGCAGGUAAUGUGCAUGUCUAUUGAAAUGUUUUUUAUUCUUUGAAAUUUUAGAUGACAGUCGCAACCCUCUAUUCGACAAUGCUGAAUUUAAAAGCUCAUAUGUUCAACGGGCGUUUCAGUAUCUUAAGUUUUGGGAGUCAGCAAGAGAGAACCUGAAUCAGUUCUGGUUUAUACCUAGUCAGGUGAUGGGUGACCAUGCAGAGUGUAUAGAAACGCUUGUAAGGUACAUUGUAUUUCAGAGACUUCCGAUUGGUGGAGCAAUGAAGAUGGUUAAAUUGUCUUUUAUUGUCACCGCUUGGUAGUUUACCAUUUAAAACCAAAUGGAUUGCUUUUUAUGCUAGAGAUUUAACAACAGCCUUAAAGUUUUUAUAGGUGCAAUUCAUGAGUUUUAUUAAGCUUGGUAAGCAGCUAAUGGCAGGAGUACUUUCCGUUUAUUCUUCUCUUGAAACGAUGCCUGGAUGUGCAUUAGGAUUUAAUUGUGUCAGUGGCUCAUCAAUUUAGCCGGCAGAAUUUUAGUCUUUUCUCAACCUUAAUCUUCUUCAAUUACGUAAUGCCUUUUCUCCUAUUUUUCGUUUUUGUACGGGACACAACUACUAGUAAAAGGGGAAGUCAGUCGUUGUUUACUUAUUUUCUUUUAGAAAUUGCGGUGUUGAGGACCCUUCAUGGGCUGAACUCCGUCACUUUGUGAACUUCCUAAAUUCUCAGCUCCAAGCUUGCGAGGAAAGUACGUUUUGUAACAUGGAACUUGUGGGAGACACCCUUGAGGGAUUUAGAAGCUUUGUGGUCCAAUUUAUGAUCCUUAUGUCACGGGUAAGAAGAAUGUAAAAGGUGGCCAUGACGCAGUAAUGUUACUGGCACAAUAGAGAAGAGAGGGGUGACGUCACAAAAAUUAAAAUUUGUAAAAAUUAUGGGAUAGGUUGGCAUAUUCAGAAAGAGCGAGAUGAAAAAUGUCCACUUGCUAAAAAUCAACCUGUUAGUGCAAAUUGGUGGGGAGAUAUAAGCAACGUUGUAUCUUCCCACCAAUCUGCGUUAACAGGCUGAUUUGUAGCGAGUGGACAUUUUUCACCUUGUUCUUUCUGGAUAUGCCAACCUAUCCCAUCAUUUCACAAACCGUAAUUUUUGUGACGUCAUCACUUCUCUUCUUCAUUCCGCGUCGCUAACCGCCACCCUUGUAGGUACUGUGUGUAUUCCUGAGGGAAAUACGGACACCCCGUUAAUACGGACACUAGGCUGAUUUAGCAACAGAACGGGAACGUCAUUUGACGACGGGAAAGCGCGCGAAAACGACUAAACUCUAGUUCUGAUGUCCAAUUUGUCGUUCUGCCAUUGGUCAAACCAGUUGUUUGAUUUACGCGCGCCGUCGUCAACUGACAUUCCCGUUCUGUUGCUAAAUCAGCCUAUUUUCUAUUACCCCUUCAGUGUCCGUAUCAGUGGGGUUUGACUGUAAUUGCUGCUUACUCAAUGAUCGCUGAUCUCCGUAAUCAAAAGAAAUAACUCUUCAACCACCGUAACGUUCGCAUCGAUCGUUGUGAACAUAUAAAGCCGAGUAAACCUCGCAAAUGAAUGUCUCUAUUUCCUUUCCAAUGGUAUUAAUACCUUCAUAACGUUUGGAGCGGUAAUAUUCGCGUUCCUUAAAGUGACUGCUGUUUUUUAAAGGAUUUUGCUACGCCAUCUCUGAACUGUUGUGAUACACCUGUCGAAGCCCGUGUUGAACGCGAUGACGAUGGUGCCGAUGAUGACGAAGAAGAUACAGCUGUCGUUCAGUUGUCUUUGAGAAGACACUGGGAAACCAGGUAUGAUGUUACACCAUGUGGUAUCUUGCCACGUUCGGUUUCGUGUUUCACACCUAAAUUUUGAGUUAUGUGCAGUUCGCAAAAUGGUAAGAGUUCAUCAUUUCCACAUUAAAGCUAACGUCCUUUGUAAACCAUGAAGUUUGUAUCUAAGUCAAAUUCACGGAAAAUGGGUGCACGUUUUGCUAAAAUUUAAACACGUUUAAAAGCAAAUUGAAUUUCUCCUUCUGUUUUUGUAAACUUAAUUCCUUCUUUCUGUGAUUGUCUUUUAUAAGUGUGUUCAUGGAUUUCAUUGUUUUAAUACAGUUCACACCCCUACAUAUUCUUUAAUCAAGAUGGCAUUACCAUGACGUUUGUUGGCUUCCAUAUUGACCGAGAUGGCAAUUUAAUUGAUCCAGACAGCGGCGACCUCAUCCAGCGUAAUUUAAUGUCAAGGCACUUGCGCACUGGUCUGUUUGUCCAAAAGGUUGACAUGGAAACCAAUUACGAAUCUUGGGGAAAGUAAGUAAUAUAUUUCUCCUGUGAUUUGAUUUUGUAGAUCUAGAUUAUUCUACGCUACCAUUUUGGCGUGGUAUCGCUGCAAGAUGUGAUAAGGUUCAUACGCUGUGUUUUAUUGCACACAGGGGAGACAAAAUCGAGAAGCUUUGUGGAGUGAUGGGUGUUGAAUGGCCCUAUGAUCCGGAUGACGCCUACGAGCUCACCACAGACAACUUUAAGAAAAUUCUGGCCAUCCAUAUGCGUUUUAGGUAGGGUGAAAAGUUAAGAAUAAGCGAUGAUUUUUACCAGUACCUUCACACCCAUGAAACACCAUUUGAAUGUACGAGCACAAAAAUCAUCACUUGCCCCUCACCCCUUCCUCGUUAUUCCUCCGAGGUGGUCAAAUCACCAAAAUGAGAUAGUCUUCCCUACUCACAAACAAUUUGAUCAAAAUUUAAUUUUUCUCCUCCUUCUCUACCACCUGAAUUUUAUUGUCUUCCUUCCUCCUUCAUCACAGACCGUCACAGUGUAAGUGUCGUCCUUACUUUUCCGCUAUCAGUACCACAGUUUAGGUCUCCUCCUUUCUACUCCACAAUAACCAACGCCAUUUCAUUGUCGCCCUUCCUCGUCCCUGACAUCCCCACAAUUUUUUUGUCGUCCAUCCUCUUUGACUAAACCGCCACAAUAUUAUUGUUGUCUUUCCUCGACCACCACAUCGCAACAACUUUAUUGUCGUCAUCAUCCCUUCACCAGUUUUAUAGUCCUUCUUCUUCCUCCACACCAGCGCCACAAUUUUAUCGUCUUCCUUCCUCCUCUAGAGCACCAUAAUUUUUCUGUCAUCCUUCUCCUCCACCACACCACCACAAUUUAAUCGUCCUCCACCACCACCUUCAAACUACUGCCUUUCCACCUCAACCACCCGCAUCAUCACCAUCUCAGCUUGCUCAGGAGAGGUGAACAAUAGUCUGUGCUGUUUAGUUAACUUUAAUAGAACCGAGUUAUCUUUGCCUUUAAUAAGAAUAUAAAAAAGAAUUCGGCGAAAGUUUUAUUUAGGCCAAUCCUAAUUAACUAAACGAUCUUCCUUAGUAAUGUUUAUCUGUGAUCGUUUUAUGGCCGCCUUAAACCACUGAAUAGGCCCAUAGAAAUUUCGUAGAUUUGUAGUAGCGGGUAAGAGUGGGUAGACAAGUGCGUUCUUUCUCACAUCAUCUUCAACCCAUUCUACAGCUAGUAAAAAUGCUUAGUCCUGCUUGGGUGCUGUUGAUGCAGUCUCAAGUUUGGCCAGCGUCUUAGUCUAUUUGGUUUUUUUUUUUGCACUGAUUCAAAUGAAGAUGUGGUAUUCCUGUGGUGGUAAUGGGCGAGACAGGCUGUGGGAAAACCUGCCUUAUUCGUUACAUGUGUGGCUUACAGUCAGGACCCGGAGGACCAAAAAACAUGCUGCUUAUGAAGGUAGAUAUCUUUUUACUGUUAUUUGUAUAUGGUUGCGUGUGUGCAUGUGGGGUAUGGGUCCAGGGAGGUUCCUUUUUUUUUUUUCCUUCUUUACUGUUCCUUUUUCGUUUGGCCGGGAACGCAGACGUAUUUUCGGUUGUCGCUUUUGUCCGCCCGAACAGUGACAUCUGCGAGCCUGAGCCGCCGAAGGAUUUCUGUGAUGUAAUACCUUUUGUUUUGUUGAUUACCACUGAGAUAAAAGAAUAGAGUUACAGGUCGAGUGACUCCUGCACGUCCUCGGGCGCUGGCGUGUCUAGGAAUUUGGCGAGCGUUUUAAUACGCUUUGGGCCGUGAAUUUUGUGACCACGACCGAAACGUUCUGAUAUCAACAUUUACGAAUGUGAAUCAGUGAUGCUUUCUUUGUAGAGAAACGUAUCCUAAAGCUAUGGAGAAAAACUGUUACUUUGGUGCUCAAUAAUCGUUACCAUGAAAAGAAAAAUAAUGUGAUGUCGCGUGCGGACUCGCAUCUAUCUUACCAUAAUAGAAAGUACAAAACAAAACUUCCUUUUUCGUUUGAAACAAAAAAGGAACAAAUGGCGAUUAACAUUGGUACGAGGUAAACGAACGACUUUUCGUCACCAGAAUAUUCCCUUGUGAUGAAAACAACAAGACCUUAUCAAUCUUGAUUCUCUAAACUCCAUAGGCAAAUAGACGAAAGUAUCCCUCUUCUCUUCUUCAAUAUAUUUUAUGGAAUCAUCCUUGCGUUUAUUUCAUCUAUAAGCUUUCGUUAACGCUCCAUAAUCUUCCGUUGCUGUUACGACUUGAAGGUAUUGCAGACACAUGUGGAUCAACGCGCACCAAUGCGUUUGAGAGCUAACCUGUGGGUGACUUUAAUUUCUACGUGACAGAAAAUGUUUAGCAGCUUGGACUCGCAGACGUUACGUUUUCGGUGUAGAGAAGCAACAACCAGAAAUACCUCAACGUUCCCAGGCUUUUUUCGACUUUUUUUUUUACUAAAGUGAGGGAAUUGUUUGACCCAACUCAAUAAAACUCACCGAGCUGAUUAACGUGGCUCGUACGAUAAUGGACUACUUGAAAGAUGGAUACGAACAAAAAUUGCACGCGACAAAGACAGGCUGCAUAUAUGUUAAGGUUUUGGCCGAAAAUUUAUCUGAUUACUGAAAAAUCUCUGAUUAAUAUGCUAUUCUCUUUUAUGUAAGAACGUAAGACCGUAGUUCUGAAAGCCAAAUGCGAAAUAGACCCGAUUCGUAAACAAACAGGGCUUGUUUCUAUUUCGGCUUUUUCCUAACUUACUUCGUCCAGAAAUUCCGCCACUUCUUGAUUAGUUGUUAGACAGGAUUAGUGAGGAACAUAUAAAAUAUACAACUGACGCCUUUUUAUUGUCCCUUUCCCUUGUGAUGUUCAGUAUCUUGUUCUUACAUUUUAGGAAUUAAAAAGAUUAGUGAACAGUCAGCAAUUCUAGUUGAAUUAUGUGUUGACAGGUUCAUGGAGGUACAUCCUACAAAGAUAUUGAGAAGAAAGUAGAACAGGCUGAGGCUAUGGCCAGAGUGAACGAAGGCCUUAACAUGGAUACAGUGCUGUUCUUUGAUGAAGCCAACACAACAGAUGCUCUAGGGAUGAUCAAAGAGGUCAUGGUGGAUCGCAGAAUCAAUGGCAGAAAAAUCGGAGUUGGGCUCAAAAGAUUGCAGUUCAUUGCAGCAUGUAAUCCUUACAGAAAGUAAGUGUACAACUCCUUAGCUUUUCGAUCCUCUUACUAUUAGUAAAUAUACUAGUGAUAACCAAAGGUUACGGAGUGCGGGCGACAACGAUCGAAGGUCAAAGCGUUUUUGCUCUAUCGCUGUGCUUUCCGUAAGUUUCACUUGACAGAUAUUCAAAACAGGUGUGAUCAGAUUACGAGUGAUAGAAGCUCCAAACGCGCGUGAUCAAAUUAUGUUCUCUGCAUUCUAUUCAGUCUUAGUGGAAGUCCAAACAAAUGCUGACUACAUACGCGCGACGCAUGCGUAAUACCAACCUGGAGAUAGGAUUGCGGGCUCCUCUUGUCGCCCGCAACAAAUUAAUGCAUCUGUUUUUUAUCAUGUAGACAUACAGAUGAAAUGAUCCAUAAACUAGAAUCAGCAGGCUUGGGUUACCAUGUUACAACUCAAGAAACACAAGAUCGGCUUGGUAAGACAUAACAGACAGAAAUUAAACAUUCCGAUCGCGGCAUGGCUUGUAAGAUAUUGUAAAUCCUGCAUUAUUAUGGCGUUUUUACUACUCAAAACAUUUUGAGCACAUUUUUGACAUACAGACACGGUCCUUUUUCACGUUUAGGGGGUCAUACUCCACUGUCAGGUAUUCAAGUCGUAAUUGAAAUCACCAAAUUUCCUGUGUCAAAUGCAACUGUGUGAAAAAAAAUUGAUAAUAAACAAUUCUUUGUUAAUACAUAUGCUAAUAGAAGAAACUUGGUACGUUAAACUAACGUCAGCCAGAAAGGUUUUGUGUUCAACUGAAACCGAAUUAGAUUUCACCCGCAGACUGAAAACGGUUUGCUUUGUCAAAUUUAUUUUCAGAAAAUAAUACUUUAUUUGCUUUAUGUUUAUGUUAGGACGUAUUCCUCUCCGUCACCUGGUCUACAGAGUCCAUUCUCUGCCAGAGAGCAUGCGUCCUUUAGUCUGGGACUUCGGGCAAUUGAAACCUGAAAUCGAGGAGCUCUAUACGCGUCAAAUUGUCAGCAGAUUUGUAAGUGGAAUUUAUGUCGUGUGACAUAGCGUUUCAGUGUUUUUUUACCAAAUAAAGGAAUGUACAUACAAGCCUUUCUUUUCGAUGUAGUUUCCCCUAAUAUUACUUAGAUGUUCUUUGCCGAUGUUGUUGUUGGUUUAUAUAUAUAUAUAUAUGUAAAAUUUCUUUUAACUUGAAUAUUAAGGAAUCGAUUUCUAGACAACACGCCUUGGAAAAAUCAUAGUUAUCAUUUGUCGCUAUCGACAUUAACAUGGCAGAAGUAAUAUACUGUCCAAUUAAUGUCAUACUUGUGGCUUUGAAAAAUGACCUUGGUGUUUUUAAAAUGUUCCCGACAGUUACUCAUUUUUGUCUUUCAUUUACUUACUUUACUUUCUUUUUUCUUGCAAGGUUCUUCAAGAAAAUCAGAUUCCAGGGGAUGAGUUACUGGUUAAAGCUCUGACAAAAGUGCUAACAGCUUCUCAGCGUUACAUGAGAGAACAAACGGUAAAAGAAUCGCUGUUUGUUUUCUUUGUUGAUGUUGGUUUCCACGAAUGUACUGUUCAAUUCUAUAUAAGUUUAACAAAGUAUGCGUGCGUUCUGAUUGUAACGGUUCUGCUUGUUAAUGCACAUUUAUGCGUGCAGUUAUGUCGCCUGAAUUUGUACUUAAAGCAGAUUUCUUUGAAACUUCUGUUAAUUCUUGGUAUCUCGAGUCGCUAUUAGCUCGCAUCUCUUAACAGUUCUUGUUUGAGUGCGAUUGCCAUUAAUUUGUUUUUCGUGGUUUCUAAUCAAUUACCUGUUGUCUUACUCCAACAGCUCCUUUUUUUCGUUCUAUAUUACAUUUUUUACCUAUUCUACUACUUUACACCCUUUCCACCUGCCCAAGUGAGUACUUUCUAGGACACAAACCUGGAAAAUGUUUGUUCGCUUAACUCAAUUUUGUAGGAUGAAUGUAGCUUUGUCAGCCUUCGAGAUGUGGAACGUGCAAUGAGAGUGAUGGUGUGGUUCUACAACCAUCGCGAUGCUCUUAAUCCUCUAAUGGAUGAAAACAUUGACGUGGAGGAUGAGGAAAGUGAAGACGAAGAUGAGGACAUUGAUGAGGAGGAGGAGUAUGAGCAGGAUGAUUUGGAGACGGUAAAGUGGAUUUGUCAAAUAGACGUAGUAGAAAUACUAAAAAAACAAAUUCUAAGUAUGUUCUUGAGAGAUGUAAUAGAAUCAAAAAAGGCAACUUUCCGCUCAGUUAAGAAUAUAUUUUUCUUUACUUAAAACAUUCUUCUGUGUGCAGAAAGAAGUGCUUUUCAGGUUUUCAACUAUCCCCUGUCAAUUUUUUCUUGCAGCCCAUUGAUGACGUGUCACGUGCCCUGAUACUUUCACUUGGAGUGUGUUACCAUGCAAGACUUCAAGAAAGAGAACCUUAUCGGCGUGCUGUGGCGCCCAUCUUUUCCCAUCCUUGCCAACUACCAGGUGGACAUGAGCGUAUUUUGCAGGAAAUAACAAGGUAGAUCGUAGAAGUUCGUUUAAAUACUCUCCGACUAUUCAAUGUAUUAUUUAGUCGUAUUGUACCGAACGUGCCUUAUCAGCUACCGCAUCAGGGAUUGCACUGAACUAUCUGCAACCAGUGGUUGGCCUUGUAACCUUAAUGUUUGUUUUUAAGGUUGUUACGCUAAAAGGGAAUACGUUGACGACAGGCUGCGGUGUCUCCAGCAGUUCUAUUAGCUUAAGUCUUGACUUUUUUUCAGUGACAUUUUGAGGCUUUCUAGAAUAUGUAUAAAUAGAGAAAUCGUGUGAAAAAGGCAGAAACUAGUUAAGUAAAGUAGUAUACAAGGAAUGAAAUCAUCCCUGUUUUGGGGAGAAAUCUCAUUAAGGGGGGCAAGAAUACAUAAGGGGCGUAGCCAGGAUUGUUUUCACAAAUUUCCAAAUCCCCUAUCUCCCCAACCCUUUAAAGUGCCGAAACUUUUUCUGGUUCCUUGAUUAAAGGUGACACUACGUUGUAGACCUGAGCGUUCUUUACUGUAUAUGAAAUGACGUAAAUUGUAACAUUCUUGCGCCUUUUUUCUGGUCUUCGACUGAAGAACCUACAACUACUACUACGUUCUACCUGACGGACUGUAUUGAGCGUUUGCUUGAUUUUGCCCUAGUUGGUUCACUACAAAGACAGGCCGAAGUGAAAACAACCCUUUCAACUUUAUACCAUCCCAGCUUGCAAUCUGCGCGUUGUUUGAGCUAAAAAAAUAUAAUAUUUCAAAGAAAUAAGCAGAGUUAAAUGAGUUGAGGCAAGCUGUGCUUUUUUUAACAAACACCUUUUAUUAUCUCUCUUGCUUUAUAUAUUAAUUUUUCUUUUCUUUAUUACCGUAUUUUCUUGAUUAAACGCUCCCGGCGUUCAUAUAAAAAUCAGCAGUUUUGACCCGGCGUUUUUUCGAGGCCAGCUAUUAAUCGGGGUCCGGCGUUGAUUAAUCAAAUGCAAUUUUUUGUCAUUUUUUCAGGCUAAUUUAUCAUUACCCGUCUUCGGAGACUCAGGGGUAGUUUAUCAAGGCGGGCGGGGCGAUUUUUCCCUUCGUCUUGCCCCUGGAUCUUCGAGGAUGAUUACCGUACGCACAUUACCCAAAGUUGCAGUAUUAUGGUACCGUACAUUUUGCUGUGCAGCAUCUAUCCUAAAGUUAUGCCGGUAUUUUUUUAAAUUUUUGAGAUACCAAUUGAAAACAUUAUAAUGUUGUUGGUAAGUCCUAACAGUGCUGUUCAAUGCAAGAAAUUAUUUGUUCUUGCAACUGGACCUUGUUACCUUUGCCGCAAAUAAACGCAGAGACCUCGAACAAACGCUGGGGCUAAUUCUUGAUCUUGAUUCAUUGAUUCUUGGCGCGCAAAUCGUGUUAUUUAAGGCAAACUGGCUCUUUCUACUACCAAAAAACAAAAACAUUUUUUUAAACUUUCCCUUCUCCCUUUUUUCCGUCUCCACACUUCUAUUGCUUUCUCACCACCACAACAUUUCUAUUAUUUUCUCUCCCCCGCCACCAUCACCACGUUUCUCUUUUAAUGUAUUUAAUGUAUUCCACUGCAAGUUAAUGAGAUUCCGCAACAACAAGGCUAUGACGUCAUCGGCGUUUAUGUGUUCCUGCCCUAGUUAAUGAGAUUCCUGACCUAAAAAUGGAUAAUGUCAUGCUUACUUUACUACUCAGAAACUAACUCAGCUAGCAGGGUUACAAAAUGAAUAAGAUUGAUGAUUGCUUCUGCAAGCAUUUUAAUGGAUUUAUGCUUAAUACUGCUGCUUUUUUCUACUUUCGUCGACACCAGAUGCCAAAAAGCAGUGUUGAACGAGCUAGACCUGGACCAUAAUAUCGCACGAAACACAGCACUGAGUGAGAAUGUGUUUAUGAUGGUGGUGUGCAUUGAACUCAGGAUUCCGUUGUUUGUGGUUGGUAAACCAGGCAGCUCUAAAUCUUUAGCCAAGACCGUUGUGGCUGCUAACAUGGAAGGAGAUGCUUCAAAGUCUGAUCUCUUUAAGACCUUUAAACAGGUGACGAUAAUGUUUUGGACAAAUGAUCACGAGCUAUUGUUGGUAUAUAUUGAUAGUCGACUAAUUAGAAUUUCACAGAGCGCUAAGUAUCUCUUAUAAGAACGACAGAAAUGAGGAGAGGAAAGAUCACCGCAGGACUUUUUAGCUUAAUGUCUUCUUCGUGUGUGUUAAUCCUAGUAUUGUAUCUUUAAAGACUCAACAUUGCCCAGCAUUGUCCGUCAUGUUCUGUGGUUCGCUAUUCAUGUAUGCUAAAUUCAUGUUCCACAAGGUUCAUAUGGUGUCUUAUCAGUGCAGCCCUCUCUCAACUGCGGAAGGGAUCGUUGCGACUUUCCGUCAAUGCAGCAAGCUGCAGAAAGACAAAAACCCAGACAAAUUCGUCUCAGUUGUGGUCUUAGAUGAAGUUGGCCUCGCUGAAGACUCGCCUCUUAUGCCUCUUAAAACGCUUCAUCCUCUUCUGGAGGACGGUGUUAGUUCCACUGAUGACAUCAUAGAGGUGGAAGAACAGAUUCCUGAAAGAGUGGCCUUUGUUGGAAUAUCCAACUGGGCCCUUGAUCCUGCAAAAAUGAAUCGCGGUAUCAUGCUUUCUCGUGGGCUUCCAGACACAUUAGAGCUGGUGGAAAGUGCAAUGUAAGAUCUCCUUUAGUUUGAGACUUAGAGUUGUAUUCGUAAGUAAAGGAAGGCGCACUGAACUUCUCGCUUUAGUUUAACGAAAAAAAAGUCCCUGACAGUGCCCCUAACCCUGCUAAAAAUAGGAGCUGCAGAUUAUAGGGACCAGUAAAGAUAGAGACAGGGCAGAUGCAGACCAGAGUAAAUACUUUUUACCAGAUAGACAUUAUAGGACCGUUUCCUUGUUACUGUUCUUGUCAUACUAGAUGUCUCACUUUAUAAAAAUUUGCUAUCAGCAAAAUGGUGACUGUGUUGAAAGCAGACCAGUUUGUUUAAACGUUGAUCGUCAAAUGAGAAAGACAUUUUUGUAGCUGAAAUAUAAAUUUUAAGGUUCAAUUAACAAAUUUAUGGCUUGUCAGGCAUGGGUGGAGGAAAGUGCUUACACCUAAACUUCAUGUAGAUAUAAUCAUGGGCCAAUUUGAUUAGCGUGAUCCAUCUUCGUUCUGUUGCUUAGGGGCAUUUGUGCAACUGAUCAAAGAGUGCAGAACUUUGUUGCUCCACUUAUGAAUCCACUGGCGAAGGGUUACAGUAAGUUGUACGAUAGUCAGAGACGGUCGGAAGCUCUUCAAGAGUCCAAAAAGGAGGAGUUCUUUGGGCUUCGUGAUUUCUACAGGUAGGGAUGUACAAAGUGCAGUACAAUGUUUCAGCUCAUUUAUUUCAAUCUCUUCUUACAAUCUGCUCAAGGUUCUUUUGAGAAGAGUAGAAUGUCGGAAAUGGCCUAUUUCAUUCAUGAAGUGGUUAUGUGUUGGAAUUUAAGUUUAUUUCAGUUGGACAAUUUUCAAACUUGUUGGACAUUUUAUCCCGGAUCAUCGUUGUAACGUAGAUAACGUAGGGAAAUUGAAAUUAAAGUGGUUUAAAAAUGUUCAGAUAAACACGAGCUAAAGUGUGCAUCGUUUAAGUUAAUGUUCAGAUAAAACAAGAGUCGAUUGAAUCUUUUUUUUUUAUGUCUGAUUUUAGCCUGGUUAAGAUGGUGUACAAAAUAGCUAAGGAGCAUAGGCGAGAGCCGCGUUGGCCAGAAAUCGAACAAGCGAUCAGAAGGAAUUUCGGGGGACUGGAUGAGAUUGACCCAGUGAAAAUCUUUAGGAAGUUCUUUCCUUUUAGUAGAAACGACAAGGUAGGAGUGCUGAAAAAUUUGGUUGUUUUACAUUUGCCUGCGAAGCUUCCACCAUAUUUCACAACUAGGUGGCUGGUGCACUCAAGUCCUUCAAGGUUAAGUUGGACCGGCAUUCUUUGCGCAAACCGUCAAGCAGAGUUGUCAGUUACGUCAGUUAGCAAUCAACCUUCCUUUUUGAUUUCGUAGAAUGUAGGGUUUUACGGUAUGUCUUUUAAUGUAAGUUAUCUUUCAAGAGGACUUGUCGAACUCGUAAAAUGGACAGAAUGUUACCAGGGUAUAAAUGUACUUUUCCUUGAAAGGAUAUAAUAGUAAUACUCGUUAUCGUCUCAGUACAUUUCCGAAACUAUGCAGAGAUUUCUUCAGUGUUUUUUGUGAUUCUUUGCAUUGUUACUCUUUUUUGUAGAAGGAGCAAAAUAAAGAUGCUUUCUCUGCAGUGAACCUGAUCAAAGCCAGCCUCGAACGCAAAAUCUCCGGAGGGUAUGAAAAUUAAUAGGAGAGAUUACACUGCUGCGCUUAUGCACGAAAUAAACAAUUUUAUUCCCACUUGACAUUUGUCGUGUUUCAUUUCAUUAGAGAGAGUCGAUAUCUGUUGGUGCUGACAGAGAACUAUGCAGCCUUGCCUAUUGUUCAGCAGGAGCUACACAAAAAAGGCGAAGAACCUGUCGUAAUUUUCGGCAGCAGCUUCCCCAAGGACCAAGAAUACACUCAGGUACCAACAGCUGUAUUAAAAAAAAAAUAGUGUUGUUUCUCAUGAAAUGGAUGUUCGGUGAAUUACACUGUUUCAUUGGUAAGAGUAACCUCUCUCUACCUCGCAGGCUUCUGGUUUGUAUCAAAUAAAACAUAGCAAUGAUUAAUAGUAAGCGCGCGACAAGCCCGUAAGCCCCUUGCGUCGUCCCCGCGCGCUUUCUUUGUUCCCUCUCCCUAAGACACAAUGAGGCAUAGGUGGCAUAGAUCUUACUGCACAGCCCAUAAAGACAAACUCUUUUCGUUGACCAACCCGUUACCUCUCAAGGACCAUCUCCCUUAACCAACUACAGUCUUUAACGGCCACCUGGGGACCGAUGUAAGUGGUAUUUGCAGAGAUAGAGCCGUUAGAGGAUAUUCUGAACAACAGACGUUUUUAAAGGUAGCUUACUGCCGUUUUCAGAACAUUAUAUCACCACUCUUAAGUCAUAAGUUCUUUCAGCUUAAACUGUUCAAAAUAUCGCUGUGAUCGCUUUAUUUUUAUCAACAAAUGUAGCGAUCUUUUGAAUGUUCAGUUGUGGUAUCGUCUCAUAUUUUUCAGGUCUGCCGUGACAUAAAUCGCAUUAAAGUGUGCAUGGAAACAGGGAGAACUGUCAUUCUCUUGAACUUAGAGAGCCUCUACGAAAGCCUUUAUGAUGCACUAAACCAGGUAUAAGUGGCUCGGAACAUUAUAUCACUACACGUUAAUCAUUAUAAUUCCAUCUUGUUAUUAACAUUUAAACUCUUUGGGCCAGGUGUUUAAACGGAGUUUAGCCAGUGUUUAACAAAACCGCGUGCGAAGCCAUUUUCAGUUUGGCAAACGCUUUUAUGUCCACACCAUUUAUCGUGAGCAGUUUCAUUAAAGCAUAUAAAGUAGACAAGAAAAGCGUUUGUUUUCCUAGCAUCACCCACUAAGGAAGAGACGUAGAGGUUCAAAGAUUUCUUAACCCGCCGUUAGUUAGAUUGCGUUGAAAUAACCGAUCCUUUAAGUCGAUCACUCGAUCAUUUAAUCCGGAAAUACAUUCAAGCGUUUUUAGGCGUAUAUCAAGCUUUAUCGACCACCUUUAUAAUGGCUUUGAUGUUUGCGAUAUAUUUCUUUAUCUGCAUUUUUCCAGUACUAUGUGUAUCUUGGAGGGCAGAAAUUUGUGGAUCUUGGCCUUGGAAGUCACCGUUUCAAAUGUCGCGUCCACAAUGAAUUCAGGUGAAACGUCUUUAGACCGUACUUACAGGCUGUAGAUUUCCCCUUUUAAUACUUAGAUAUAAUUCCUUUUCAUUGCCACGCCAAGUGAACAUAGAAAUGCCUUAAUGGCGUUAAGAUGUCAAAGAUUCGAUUCAACUACUGCAAAUGCAGCUCUUAAGUUUUCGCUGAAGGAAUUCGGGUCGUUGAAUUACCGUGCUUGUUAACAAAGGUGGUUGGGGAUGGUGUGGUUCAUGCGAUGAGGUCUGGUCAUUGUGCUGUAAGUAACGCUUACUAAUUCUUUUUUUGUCCAAACAGAUUGAUUGUCAUUGCUGAGAAAAAUGUUGUGUACAGUAAGUUUCCGAUUCCUCUCAUUAAUCGCUUGGAAAAACAUUACCUCGUGACUUCAGCAAGUCUCAGUUCUCCACAAAAACGCCUAGUGAACAAGUUGCAGGAAUGGGUAACAAGAUUUUCUGAUGUCAACAUCCCUCGUCACCAGCAAUUAAGGUAAAGACAGAAAGUCUGUCAGGAAUUUCCUAGUACUUGUUAGGGCCAAAAGGCAGGUUUUUGCGUCCGAUAAGCCCAAAGUCACACGAUCGAAGGGAAAGAAAAGGGUAGAUAGAAAGAAGGGGGAGGAGGAAAGAAGAAGAGAAGGAGCAAUGGUUGCACUGUUAGUUUUUAGAUUGGCUACUUUGAAGAAACUACUUGACGGAAGCAAGAUGUAUAUGUACGUGCAUGUGGUUAGGGACAAAUUUGGAGAUGGCAAAAAAAAUUCUCACUUCACAGAAAGAAAUACUCUUCCCUUUACAAAUGCUCUUUAGGGUACACUUUCUUGCGUUAUGUCUUGAAUUAAAAUACUGAAUUUCUUUUGUAAUAUUUUAUUCAUGUCCGACUUUUGUGAUGUCCUUUUGUUUUCGACAGGAAAUACUCCCCUGGUGACGCAUUUGUCGGUUACCAUGCUGACACAGCAGCUUCCGUCGUACUGCAAGUAACUAGCAACACUGAAGAAACCGAGUUCAGUAAUAAAGAUUUUCAAGACAAGGUAUAGUGAGGCGUAACUCGGAUGAAUUUGAGCCAGUUGGGCUCAGCCUCUAAUCUAACCUUUGUUUGGAUCUCAUUAGUUUCUGGCACAUUUUUUUAAAGCUAAGUUCUCUUCCAAACUGUUGUCGUUCAGCAUAGCCAUCUGUCUGUUAGCAAAGUGUUAUAAAACUGUUGACGAACUCACAGGAAAGCAUGCUUUUUCGUGAGAGCGGUAGAAGUACACCUUCAUAACUAGGAAAGUGAGUAUUCACUCACCUUAUUCGCAUGAUCGAUUAACAUUCGCUUGCGUUUCAGGUCUUCCAGGAAUCGAAAGAAUUGUUGUUACAAUGUGCGACCCCUGACGCUGUUGCACGUCUGCCAUCUACACACCUUAAACAUCAAGCAGACGAUCUCUGGACAGCUUACUUUACAGUACAGAAACAUUCAAGUCUUACAGCUUUUCUACGAAAUGUGCUAACAACAGAGGGAGAAAAUUCAGAAAAAGGAAGCUUAGUUCAGGUGAGCUCUGAUUUGAUCUCUCGCUUCGGUUAUUGAUUAAAAACGUAAUAAUAAUGAAUGAAUUUGUUUCAGUUAGGUUAUCAAUUGUCUUAACCACUUAACCUCUGUGUAGUGCUUGAGAUAACUUAUUUCUCCUUGCAGGUUACAACUCAUUCCAGAUUGCUGUCGUCAAAUGAUUUGCAAGACAUAGCACGUGCCACAUCUCUACCCUUGCCAAAAGUAACAUGUCUGAGUCUGCAGCAGUUCCACACGGAACAACAGUUUUGCUCAUCUGUGAGGUAAACGGAAUUACUUUCAAGUCUCAACAAUUAUAGCAUUUCUAAAUGUUAGGUUUGCUGAUCGUUGAGGGGAAGGAAGUAACUUUACUUCAUAGGUUUUGUUAGCUUUGUGUUCUUGAGGUAUUUUAGUUGUACUCAUGUCACAUCCUGUGUUUUCUUGACUCGAUUUGUUUUAUAGGUUGCUUUACAUGUAAGAAGUUAGCUUGAAACUGAAAUCUUGCAGACAAUAGUCCAAUAAAAGCCGAAAUUUUCAACACAGAGAAGUCUUACAUUUUAUCUGUGAUAACAUUUUGAUUCGCUAGGGAUUUCUUUGCAAAACUUGGUGGCAGGGAAGGACUGCUUAUCGUGCAAUGCGAUGCUGGCGAUGUAAAUCGCAAUUUGAUACCCUGUGCUCGCCACCUUCUGGUUGAACAAAGGACAACUGCCGAAGAAGAUUUCAAAGAAAAUGUUGGACAUGAUCCUUCAUCUUUCGUGCAUGUAGUUAUGAUUAUCCAACUUCCUCGUCUUGUCGGAGGUUGUGAAGCAUUUGCUGGCUUUCAGGGAGGAAGGUGGCUAUCUGUUCACAUUGACGAACUUCGACCGCCAACCGGUCACAUCCCAGCCAUUCAAUUUAUGGUGGAUCGAUCGGUGAGUGAUUUAUUUGAUGUUGCACCAACCACCACACGGGUGGACAAAAUGGACGUUGAGGCCCCGAGAGAUGACAUGGAAGUCGACGAACAGCGUGGAGAAGACAUUGACAUUGAAAUGGAAGCCUCAGAUCUAGCGUCUGGUGAUGCUAUCGUGGAUAGAGUAGAAAUCGUCAGCCUUUUGAGAAGCUGUGUUCAAGCAGCUGUUGCAAGAAUUGAUGAUGAAUCAUGGCGCCCCUCACGAUCAACACGGCGAAUUGAGCUUAUGCUGAGUCUUCUUCCAGAUGGUAGAUCGGAUGGAACUGGUAAGAGUGGCGCUAAUUGAUUUUAAUUCUUUCCUUAUUGUGACUGUCUCAAGUCCCACAACAUUAUGUAAAGUCAGUGAGUUUCAGGCAAAGUAUGAAACAGGGUAACAUCGUUGUGAUUCCUUAUGCGUUAUUAAUGCCAACUAAACAUGUUUAAUUAAACCAGGUUUUACACGGGAUUCAAAUGAAAUUCAACAUGUUUUCUAAUUUACACUAAAUUUGCAGUCAACUUCAGUCAGUAAGCACUUUUAUGGACGAGACAAUUUUAAACCGUGUUGACCUAAACUGCUUCAGUUUUAAACAUAUUUAAGCUUGGUUUGAAUUUGGCUUUAGACAACUGCCGAUGCCUGACGAUAAGCGUUUUGAUAACUUCGGAGAUAUUUUACAGUUAAAUCAUAGCUUUCACCUUGAUAUCGGCAAGACUCUUUUAUUCUUGCUUUCUAGAUCUAUCAUUUGCUACUAUUUUGGCUCGACGAAUCCACAAACUUCUUCAAGAAAAGGAUGAGCGGGCUGGAGAUAAGGCAAUUGACUGGCUACGCUCUGAGGCUUUAAGCGGUACUGGAAUCCAAGAAAAUGGAACAUUCAGGAAAGCCCUGUGGCAGAGAGUUUAUUCAUCAGUUAUUCCAAUUCUUUCUGAAGUAAUCGCUUUUGUUGACCGUGACUCCAACCUAGACCUGGUGAUGGAUGGAGGGAAUUGGCUGUCAAGUCUGUGGCUAGAUCUUUUCCAAUGUGACAAAAUGGUCAAACUUGAUUAUGAUGGCUUUUUGUCACUGGAAAGUGGCAUCAUACGGGAACGUGUUCCGGUGGUCACCUCGGGGCGUGAAACGCAGUCGUUUGAACUACAGUUUCCUUUCUCUUGGAUAAUUAAGGAAAGAAUUGAUGCCAUGUGGAGAGAGGCUUCAAGCAUAGCAGGUGAGGCUUUUUUUUUGGAAAGAGUUGUUUCCUUUUUCAGAUUGUUUCCGAAAACGGUCUACGAUCUGAUCUUGAUACUAUCGUGUCUUUUUGUCAUUAGCGAGAUCAAACACGCCAAUCCAACAGUGUUUACAAGACCUUGUAAAUAACUCUUCAAUGGGCCGUUUUCUUAACGAGUCUUGGUUAGAAGGUUACGAAGAAGCUGCAGUGAAGCGUUAUCUUCACGAUUUUGUUCACACUAUGCUGAAGCCACUAGUCCCUGAAGAGGAAAAGGUAUCAGACAUACGAUGCAGAAUUUUACUGGUAGUUUCCUAACAUCUAGCUGCUUUCACGAGUUAACUUAGCAAGAUUUAUUUACACGAUAUUCCAUUGGUAGAUUGAAAAUGAUCGUCUAUACUAUAGUCCUGACGUUUCGAUAUGUGCGGUGGUCAUCUUCAGGGUUAGAGUGAGUUGUAUCUCGUCAGUUGAUGGUAUUAAACUCUGGUUAUGGGUAUGAUUAGUCAAUUACGUCGCGGUUGUUAUUGGUCGCCUGUCAGUUAAGGUGGCUCGACUGGAUUUUUUUAGGGCGAUACCUCCCAAGUUUGAGCCUCAACUACGUCGACAUGAGUAAAGAUAUCGAAAAAAGGUUACCACAACUGUAUUACAUAAAGAUGAAAAUUUCUUAUGAUCUGGGUUUUAUUGCAAUCGGAGUCGCCAUGGCAACGUAAUGAGGCCAUUACGUUUUUCAUUUAUCCUUGUGUUUCUCUGUACCAGGAGUUUUUUGAAGAAAUCGCUUAAGGGAGUAUGUACCUGCCAUAAUUGCCUCCAUUAUGGCAAAGUUUAAAGACAUUCUAUGAGAGCGUUUUCGAAAUAUUUUGAAAUGCAGUUUUAAGAAUCAUAAAAACUGUGAAAUAGCAUGCUAGCCGCUCAAUUCGCUAAUAUAUUAAGAAAAUGAUAAGCUCUGGGAACGCGGCUUCAUCUCAUGGUGGAUUGAUUCCAUUGAAAACUGCAUACAAAAAAGAGGGGAAUUGCUCUGGGCGAUCAUGAGUAAGAAGGAUUUUAUUAACUUGCAUUCAGCUGCUUUUGAUACAGUUUUUGGAGGUAAUUUGGAGGAUAAUGGCGUCAUUACGUUGCCAUGGCGACUCCGAUUGCCAUGAAACCCAGAUCAUAAGAAAUUUUCAUCUUUAUGUAAUACAGUUGUGGUAACCUUUUUUCGAUAUCUUUACUCAUGCCGACGUAGUUAAUGCUCAAACUUGGGAGGUAUCAACCCCAAAAAAUCCAGUCGAGCCACCUUAAGCCGUGAUGUUAGUGUCUAUGAAGACUCUAAAUGUUACUGGUGCGUUUCAUUACGUUUUUGUCACAGUGGAAACGGUCGUUUAUUAUAAGUCAAACUGCCGUCGUCAGUGUUGCUUGGGUCCGUCAGUAAGUCUUUUGUUAGUUGUUGGUAACUGCUGACUUCGAUUCGGCGGCAUUUGUUUCAAGUUAGUAAACCAGUUUUCGUAAGUUAUUCCUUGGUAGUAGACGAACCAUCAAAUCGACUGGGACUCGGCGACGUGCAUUACGUAUUUUACAGACUAAAGUCAAUGAUAAAGACGUGCAUUAUACUACGACUUAAGCUAGUCUUUCUUGGAGACACUGCAACAAUAUAUUGCUAAGAGCUCACCACAAACCUUUCUUGCUUGUGUUUUUGUUUUAGCUUCUCUGUCAGGCUAUUGUCACAGCCGCACGUGAAUUGUAUAUAGAGUCAAAUUUUUCUGAGGAAUUUAGGCUCAACAUCCCUUUUAUCCAUGUGGCGUAUGACACUGUCGAGAAACGCUUGGCAAAUUUCAGCCAACUGGUUCAUGCGCAGAGGAACAUUGUAAGCCGCCUUCUAGAAGUCAUUCCGCCCAACGAAGAGGAGAUGGUAAGAAUUGGUAUAUGUUAGAUAGUCUGUUAAUGAAUAUACCCCGUGACUGUACAUUCGGAGGAGCGCAUAGGACAGAAGCAAGCAGUCUACUUGACGGUUUUCCUUUUUUGGCACGUACCGGAAGCUAUGAUUUACUAUUGCGAAUUUUUAAAUUUCCUUCAAAAUUAUAAUCGUACAGCAAGACCUUGGUCUGCACUCACAUAUGUUUUAAGGAAAUGCCAUGAUGCCGCCUGCGGCGUAAUGCUGUUCUAGGAAAAAAAUGUCCGGAAAUGCAAGCAAUGGCGAAAAUGGCGGAUCUGGCAAAAAAAGAAAUCACCAGCGGGUUGGUGAAAAUUUCAGUAGCAAAGGGUCCCUUUGAGAGUGGCGAUUUUAGCGAAAAUGGCAUAUUUGGCGACAAUGGCGAAUAUGGCAAACAUUUGCCAGCGUCUUAGCAAAAAUUCAAAUAAGAUGGCAAAGGGGCCCUUUGAAAGUGGCGAUUUUGACGAAAACGGCGAACUGUCGCCAAAGAUAUAAUGGAUGUAUGUUUCGUUCUGAAAACGUCUCUGAUAAUGGCAGUAUCAAGCGUUCGUAUCCCACAGGUUAUAAUAGCCAUUUUGAGGAGAAUUUAUUCAUUCUUUAUACCCUAUGUAAAUCAUUUGCCAUCUCAUUUGACUUGUAGCUAAGACUUUAGCGAAUGUCGCCCAUAUUCGUCAUUUACCCCGAUCUCGCCGUUUUCGUCAAAAUCGCCACUCUCAAAGGGCCACUUUGUCAUCUCAUUUGAAUUUUUCCUAAAACUGGCGGACGUUCGCAAUAUUUGCCAUUUUCGCCAAAAUCGCCACUCUCAAAGGGGAGGCUUUGCCACGUCAUAGGAACAUUCGCCAAACUUUGGCGAGAGUGCGCUAUUUUUGCCAUUUUCGCCAAAUUCGCCUUUUUCGUUAUAAUCGCCACUUUCAAACUGCCCCUUUGCCAUCUCAUUUGAAAUUUUGCUAAGACUUUGGUGAAUGUUCGCCUUAUUCGCCAAAUAUACCAUUUGGCUAAAAUCGCCACUCUCAGAGGGAACCCUUUGCUACCUCAUAUGAGUAUUCGCCAAACUUUGGCGAAAUUUUCGCCAUUUUUGCCAACGCGUGCAUUUCUGGACAUGUCUCCGAAAAGAUAUUAAGUAACUUACACUGCCUGUGAUACUUUCUGUUGUGAAGAAGGCAGCGGUUGUCGUAUGGUUUGUGUGACAUAAUGCACGUAUUUGCAGUACUCAGAAACGAAAUGGAAUAAAUGGAAAAAAUAAAAGGUUGCUUUUUGCGGUGAAUGGACUUGUAUGGUUAUUUGGGACCGCCUGUACUCCUCUUUCUUUUUGUUAAUGUAUCGUCUUUAAUCAGCAUGGUAAUACUGUUUGGUACAAGUAAAGUAGUGUUUUUGUUGUUGUUUGAAAAGCCGACUCCACUAACACUUUCUUUCAUGGUCAUGCUACCGAUUACGCCCUACUCCACAACGUUUUCACAAAGUUUAUCCAACAUUGAAUGUAACGAAGAAAGCUUUCAACUCGAGCAUGACCUAAUGACACUCCUGACUGUCUAUUUAACGAAUUUUCAGUGCUACGCUGUGGAAGGGUGUAGUAGCCUCUGGCUACUAACCUCAUGAUUUGCGAAGCGGGAAAUCCUACUCUUUGAACAAAGCGUUUACUUUGAGAAAUCCUUCGUGUGACUCUGCUACAACGCGUGCCUCAGGGCUACCCAUGACUGUUUUCUUAAAGCCACUUUUUGUACCCACUUGUUAGGUUCUUGAUGCAGUUGCCCUUCAGUUGUGCUUGUCACAGCUUGAACCAAGAGCCGAUGAGUUUGCUGAUCCUCAGACCCGCUUAGUGUGGUGCAACAGAGUCCUGGCCAUCAGAUCGAGUGCUGAGAACAUGCUUUAUAACAAAUCACAGUAUGGACCUAAAACAACUCGGAUUCUUCAUGAUUGCAGGUCUGUCACCCACAAGCUUUUAACAGCCUACUAGUAAUAUAAAAAUAAGGUUGUCAUUUUGGUAUCCAUCACCACGUUUCGACCGCUUUCUGCUGGUCUUCCACACUGACAGACCGAACAAAGACCAGCAUUACGCGGUUGAAACGUGGCGUUCAAUAACAAAAGGACCACCUUGACACAAACGAUGAUCGAACCCUUUCAUAGACAAAUUACGAUGAAUAUAUUUUUCCAAGCUAUUGUCUUCUUUCUUUGCCUUUACAACAGGUCAACUUGGCAAAGAGUGAGCGCUGUAAGACUGUUUAUAGAACACACCUGCCCAAGUUCAUCGACCUGUCAUCCAGCAGAUGUCGGAAAUGCAUUUAAGUUGUGGAAGGUGAGAAUCAACCAUGUUCUCAGGAUUCUCUCCUACUCGUCUCCCGGGGACGAGUAGGAAAACAGCCUGGGAACGAGGUUGGGUGAGAAUAGAAGGUCUCGUUGCAUUCUCGUCUUUCCUAGAUGUAAAUAAGCCAGUCACUUUAAUUUGAAACUAGCAGGAGUGUUCCAUUAAGUUUUAAACACCGAGGGUUUAGAUCUGAUUCUGGUCAGUGGACUACGCUAUAACUGGUUUUCUCGGACACAGUUUUCACAUAGCAGCUUACAUUUUUGGUGCGAGAGAGCAUCUUGCUCCUGUCAUAGCCCACUUGUAGCGAAAAGCGCAGGCCUUUUGGCGGCAAAAAAGGAUUGAAGUCUAGCUUUAACUAGAUAAAAUUUUUUUAUUCUCGAUAUUUUAGAUCAACUAGUUGGAUUUUACUAAAACAAUUAUUCCUCUCGCCCUCAUGGCCUCUGAGUCAGAGCCCAUUCGGGCUCGAGGAAUAAUUGUUAAUUAUAGUGUCCAAUAAAAACACUCUUCUUAUAGGCCUUGGGAGAGGAUACAGACUUUGCAAAGCCGCACACCAUGCGAGUCAUUGAGAAGUUUCUUGUUGACUGUAGUGAGGCUGUCAGUAAACGCUAUACCAGGUAUGAGUGUGUGUAAGACUGUCGGUUGUUGGCGAUGCGCAAGGGAAGCAUGUUUUUCUUGAUAUGAGAUUUUACGGUUUUAAAACCUAGAAUGACGGAAAAGAAAAGUAACUUUACUAUUAAAGUAUUCUUAUUGAAGAGAGGUUAUGAGAAUAAAUGAUUAACCAAGGGAAAAUGCAUUUGAUGUUUACACAAAUUCUCUCAACUCUUCAAGUAACUGUAUGGAGAAAUCGUUUUAGAGAAUUUGUAUGCGGAUAUUGGAGAUAAAAGCAUUCUCUAUUCUUGUGCUUGGAACAACCAAGUGUAGAUGCCUAAUAUGCCGGUGGUAUUAUUUUAAUCAAGAUCAUGAAUUCCUUUUCCACAGUUAUGGUGUCAACACCUGCCCCGUGUGCUUGGAAGGUUUAGUUGGGAGGGACCCGGUAAAAAUGCCUUGCAGUCACGUCAUCUGCCUACCUUGCAUUUCUGAAUGGACAUCACAGGAACGAAGUUGUCCUAUGUGUAAACAGCAAAUCCCUGAGGAUUUUAGGAUUCAAUCCACCAAAAUUAUAAGGUUAGAUUUCUUUUCUUAACUUAAGUGGUUAGUUUCUCUUUGGAGAGUUAAAUACAGAAAGUUACAAACUUGGUGACCUGCGUGUGACUUCUAACCUGCAACAAAGGAAAUAACAAACUUGUCUUACCUUACUGCUGAAAAACAAAUUUUACAGCUUAGAUCAUUCACCCGGGUUUGAAGCCCGUGGUUCUGGGUGACCUUAUAAACAGCAUAUUGACCAGAUCUUGCAAAACUAACGAACAUGAAACUAACUUUCAAAAGAUCACAGCUUUGAUUGGUAAUGUGCGACAGAUAUUAUCGUGACAAUGGAAGGAUCGAAUGGCGCCACUUAAGUUUGGUGUCUGAGACGGCCAAUUUUUCAAUAACAUCACCACUAAAUCGACAAAUCUGUCCAAUAGCCAGUGUUCAGUACUCAAUAUUUCCUUAUUUCUCAGUUGAUUUAGGGCCUGUUUACAUGGAGGUGGGGAACCCCAGGUAGGUGACGUAACCUACUUAGGUGGGGUAAGCCGCCUGUCCAUAUAAUCUCUCAUUUUAAUUUGAUCCGUUUAACAUGAUAGAUGGGGUUACCAGUACCAUAUGAGAGAUUAUAUGGACAGGCGGGUUACCUCACCUACCUGGCGUCCCCCACCUCCAGGUAAACAGGGCCUAAGAAGCAAUUGUUCGCUUUUAAUUAAGGAUGUCGUUCAGCUACAACCCAUUUCAGUUUGAACACGUUUGUCCCUGGAAAUUAUUUGCGGAAAAGAGACUCCUUUAAAAAGAAUUAAGAUUGUUUUGGAAAAUUCUUCGUUUUACAUCAAUUCCAGGAAAGCGGUCAAAGAACACUACGACUUCCGUCGCCGAUGUAACUCUUUCUUCAUGGAGCUUGUUUCAUUAUUUUGUUUUGGUGCUGAAGAUGGUGAAGGUGUAAUGGACCCUGAGUUGUUCGACAUGUUCAUGAGUUACGUGACUGAAGCUGCUAGUUCCAAAACUAAAGACUUCUCUCCUUUCCCUGAGCAUGGUAUUGAUGCAACUCCUGUGGUGAGGUCAUUUCUUCUACAGCAACUACUAAGGACCAGGUGGGUCAUGAAAGAAUCUGUUGUUUCACUUAUAGGAAACAUUCCAUUGGCCAGUGGUUCAUGAUUUGGUGUAAUUUAAUGCAGGAUUUUUUUUCGAGCAAACACUGUUUUCACAUAUUUACUUAGGGCUUGUUUUUGUCCGUAAGGGGUUUUUUAGCCUCCCACGCAGGCGUUUUUAGGGGAGGUCGUUUUUCAUCCCUCCCCACAAACGCCUACUCAAUCGAAAACAACAUAAUAAUAAUAAUAAUUUAAUAUUUAUAUUGCGCAAAAUACAUGUAAAUAUGAUCAAAUGCGCAUAAGUUCCUCUCCCAUUGUUUUGUUUGCGUGGUAAGUGACCAAUCAACAGUUUUGAAAUAGAGUGUUAACAGGCUAAACAUGUACACGACUAAAACGUGACCCUAGAGUUACCGUUUUCCUUCUUUUCUUUCCUUCGCUAAGGUUUAUGCAGUGUAUGGAGUAUUCUAAAAUUUGACUAAAUCAUACUUUUGCUGCUCUGAAUCUAACAUUUAUUAGAGGUCAGAAAGCUUUCCCAGUGUUUGAUGCAGAUCGAGUAAUUAUCAGAUUACCCUGCGGUCAAGGUCAACUUUCCAGGAUUUGGAAAGUACAAUGUGAUUGGCUAAGCUUGGGAAAGGAAGGUUGUUUUCGGUUGAGCAGGCGUUUGUGGGAAGGGAUGAAAGACGAGCUCCCCUAAAAACGCCCUGCGUGGGAGGCUAGGGGUUUAUAGGAGGGCGUAUAAAUGGAGGGGCUUAUAACAGGAAACAGGAAGAGAAAAACGAAAGACGCUUUUGCAGUGGUGAUCAAAAUACGCUUUGCAGUGCUUUUUAAUUAAGCUUCAAAACGUCUUAAUAAAUCGAAUUCUCAGGUAGACGGGCCUAUAGCUAAGGGGUGGCUAAUAAGAGGCUGUUUACGGUAUUUAUUUAUUUAUUUGCCAAGUCGCUUUGAGAGGACACUCUGUUUUAAAGUUGGACUUGACUGUGUUUUAUUCAGCCAUGAUCCUAUGACAAAUACUUACCACUGACAUCAUAGACUUGUUCGUUCUUUGCAUUUCACUGCAGAAAUUAGACAACUUCUGCGUAGCUUUACUAUCUGUCCCUCGGGAUCAACACCACCCCUAGCCCUUCCUUCUUUUAAAACGUAAACAGUUCCUGAAAGUAAUAACUACUUUGGUUAGUAUGUUUUCGUAAAUAGCAGGGGCUUAUAUUCAGCAGGAAACUCUUUAUUAUUAUAUAUAACCGGUUUGCAUGAUUUUUGCUUAGUGACAAGGAAGUCAAGGAGCAUUUGUCGCUCUAUUUAACGAAGGCUCGAGGACUGAAACCAGAGAUUGGCCAUCUGCUGCAAGUCUGUCAGCUUUUUGUACACUGCCGGGAGGUAAACUUUGAAUUCAUGACAACGACAACAGUUGUAUUUUUUGCAUGCACAAGUAGUUGAAUAGCUUGCCCCGCGUAUAGCUGGAAAGUUAGACGUGGCGGGGCAGGACAAGUACAUGAAUAACAUAUGUCUCUUCCUUAGAGAGGUUUUUCAAUUAAUACGUUUUUCAAAAAGUAUAGUACUCACAGUUUGCUUAUAAUUGCCAACAGUCAUUGCAUUGAGGAAACUAGAACUCGAGGUGAAUGUAUGAAGACCAUGCCAUGCGCUGCGAAACGCUUUCAUGGAUUGAAAGAAGCCUGGCAAAAGCAAAAAAGCAAGCUUACCUUUGUGUUCUUCCUACGUUUAUGAAAGCAUGGAAUAGAACCAACGGAAAUUCAUUCUAGACCGGGCUAAAUCGAGCAUGGCACACAUUGGUGGUAGGAGAGUGGUCUAACCACUGCGCCAUCCGUCUUUAAUUUAACUAGGUGUUAAAGCGUUCCCUGUUUUUUCGUCUGGCCACAGAUCUCUUCAAGUAUAAAAGGAUAAGUUGAUUUUCUGUUCUAGGUUGCUUCUCUUCCUUUCUAUGGAUAUCACAAAUCUCAAACGAGUUUUUAAGUAUGACAAUAGCUUGACAAUACCUUGCAUCUCACAUCUCCAUUACGAUGUUCUUUAGGAUUCUCUGAUCAGUCAGUAUUCUAAAACCUCGAAUAUUCUGCUGGUGAUGAUAAAACUGGCACAACAACUUUGUGAUGACUGUACGCCGUUGUUGAUUUCAAGCGCACUUCGUCCCACUCGAGAAAUUGAUGUUGAUGUGCUGGAAGGCGUGGCAAAAGCGCGUUACACCUUAGCACUGACUGCCGAAUUUAUGUACAAGAGCACAGUAGAAAACACAGAGCCUUGGAAUGAUCGCCUGAUGAGGAUGGAAUUGGAGACGCUCUUUGAAACUGCAAGGAGACUGUGUUACAAGAGUUUAAGCCCAGCUCCCCGACUUUUCCUCCUCAAACAAUUGGCAAGGAGAUUUGGUGUGGAGGCAAUUCAUGUGCUCUGUGGUAGGAAGGAGCUUGAGUGGAUUGUACCACCUGAGACCUGAGAGCAGAAACAAGCAGGUAGAAAGUCUUGGUUUCUGUUUGACUUUAAUUUCGCUAUUUAGGGUCGGUGAGGUAGUUUUCGCCCAUUACACAGCUUGGUCUGUAACCUAGGAACGUUUACUGCAUACUUGUGAUUUGAAACAUCUGAAUAGUUGGCUUCUGAACUAAAAAACGUGGGAAAUCUACCAUAUUGCAACCCACGUGACAAUGCAAUUGUAUCAAAAUGUGUGUAUUAUGAGAAUUGUUGAAACGUGAUCUACAUAGCACACGAUUAGUUCAAAUAAGUAGGCGCCGGUCCAACACUCAGGAUCUUAAUAUGACUGACAGGAUCGGAAUGUGCUGUCUUUGCUGUGACAUCUGCAAGUGGCUUCUCGGAUAAGGACAGCCUUGGUCAGGCAUGUACAGGCAUAUAAAAAUUGUACGAUUCAGUGGGUUUGUUCAGAGAAUCCCCUGCACUAGUCUUGGAAAGAGUACAUGUCGGAAAGUCUCAGAAAAAAAGUCCUGAUUGGGGGAAUAACUUAACACCAGUAACACUAUUUUUACAUUUCAUAAUUGACCAAGGUCCUCCUGAGUACGAUGCUAAAUAUUACUUAGUAAAUUGUUGUUUGUUUGUUUGUUAAUUUCUUUGUCAGUAAUGCCUAUUUUUCAAGAUUUCCAUAUACCAGCUGUGUAAAGUUUUUGGGCCCUUAUCUGGAAAAGAUGAAAUUUACGAGUCCGCGUGAGUUUACUUCACAAGAUAUUUUCUGUUGGUGUUUACUUGUCUGCUGGUUUGAUUGUUUGUUUUCCAGGACGAAGACAAUGUUCCUGAUAGGUUCGUGAUUUAUGGAGAAGAAUACAAGAAGAUCAGAGAAGCCAUGGCUAAGACAGUGCUUGGUGGAACAAACAGAGAGCUGACUGACGCACUGAAGGUAUAAACAAAUCUGAAAUACUUUAGUUUAACAUUAUCAGCUAUUUUUCCUUUUGUACUUUUUAUUUUGCUGUUGAGUGUAGUGUACUUCAGUUGGAAGUUCUGAAUCCAAAACCAAAGUAUUUGGGCUAAUCGCAAUAGGUGACAACCUCACACAAGCUUUAGGGCAAACAAAUUCGGCAUCGUGUUCGUAACCAACGUAAGCAGUUAUUAGUCAAUCGUCGUCUUUGGAUAGCCAUGGAUCGAUUGUAAUUAACGCUUGUCCACCCAAAGACGGUCCCUGAAAUCUUUACGCCGAGAGCUUUUUCCCGAUCUCUCCGUAGUUUAUGAGUAGCGAAUGAGGACGCCCCUGUGCGUGGGUUUUUGUCUGUGACUGAAAAAGCAAAAAAAGCAGUUUCACACUUUUUUGAGACGUACACUAUGUUUCUUGUGACAUAAUUUCAGUCCGUUGCCAUACCAAACGUUGUAAGAGGGGCUAUGCUGCUGUUGUCUUUAUUCCGUGAAGUUACCACAUGCUAUGGCUUCACUGGUAAAGAACGUCGUCUUUCCACUAAGGUACGUGUUCCAGAAAAGGAAAACAAAUGUAACGUGAUAAUGGUAUCGUAUUUUUCGAUGUUAUGCCUAAGUCAUAUUUACGAAAUUUACUUUAAAUUUUAAUUAUUAAAAUAUGGCUGGGGCAUAAUAUCGAUAAAUACGAUACCAUUAUCAUUUCGUGUUAAGUACGUUUCUCUUUCUCUCAGAUACAUUUUUUUGGCCCCGAAAACUGUUUUUAUCCCACUCAUCUGAUUGACUUUAAUUUAGUUUUGUAAAAUCAGUACCAAUUGGAUUUGUGCUGGUAGUAGCUGCAUUGAGAAAACAACUUUCUUGCUCGAACAAGGUUGAGUCAUAUUUAAUUAAUAUUUUGAAUAGCUCCGAGGUUUUAACGAUGACUACUGGCGCUUUUUUGGAUACAAACUAACACCUUUUAGAAAUUAAAGCAUUUUACUUCAUGUUUCUUACACGUCUUUUUCGUCACACCAAAUAAAACGAAUAUUUGUAUCCUCGUAAACGUUUCUUCCUUUUUGGUUAAACAGGCCCACCAGUGUCUUCAGGAAUUCAUACAAGAGGGCACAUAUUUGUCUGGAAAUGUGAGUCAUGGAAUGAGCUAUUGCGGUCUGUAAGCGUAAACGAAAAUCUAAAGUCGGAGAAUUUAACUUCCUAAGAUGAGAUUUAUGCGCAAAUAUUAUUUCUCAGGAAGAGGCUUUCGGUCUCAACGAUACCUUAGGUGAGCUUAUGAAUACGACCCCAUUCCUUGUUUAAUCUCUUCAAAGACCCGUUUAAUAUCCCAAGAUUUGUUUCUACAUACAGUGGCUUUCUUUAAACUUUUCUAUCCUACUGGUUGAAAGUUUCUGGUCUAGUUUUUUUUUUUUACCUUUCUUCCCAACUUUCUUUUGUGGUUAGGCUGUGAGAGUUGUUUUGUUAUUGUUGUUUGCUUCUUUAUCCUUACUUUCUGAUGUAUUGCUUUCUACAGAUCCAACCAUUUGCCGCUCAACUUCUCGAUAAUACACAAGGUGCAGAAGGCAUUCCCAGUGUUCGAGUCAGGCCUGGUCGCUCAGGCUUAGAGCAUAAUUUGUCAGAGCUUGUAAUUCAUACUACGACUGUGCUUCAGUCCAUUAAUCACGUGACCAUUUGCGAACCACUGCGACUACUAAUGGAUAAUCCUGCGGCCUUAAUGGUACAGUUCUGUUUUCUUUUUCUUUUCUUUCUUUCUUUUCUUUUUUUUUGUUUUUGAAGGUCGGUUCCUACCGAUUGUCAAAAUGCAAUAUAAAUUGCAAAUAAAAUGAAUGUAAUAGAUGUACUCCUAGCAGUUUUAAGAUAAAGUUGAAAUAAAAAAACGUAACAAAUGCAGGCCUGGCUAGAUUGCGAAACCCAUGACCAGACACACUGCUUUGUCCAAUGGGCCAUUUUCACGAUGACGACAUUUGACUACAUUUCGUUUUUGCUUUCUUAAAUAUCUGUAAAUCCCGCUUAGGUUUAAAUAUCAAUAGCCCUAAUUUGCACAAGAAAACAACAAACUGAAGGACUCUUUUAAGUUGUAGUAAAAUGACGUCAUAGUGCAAUUGUCCUAUUGAGGUAAUAGGGCACUUAAGAACCGAGAACGGUGAAGCCAGCGAAAACGUCACUUACUCGUUCUUGCAAUCUUCAUCGCCAUCGUUUUGUGUAUUAGAACGCAUACCUACCCACAAUGCCUGAUGACAAUCUGCAAGAAGCAAUGGCGGGAAUGCGAGAGCGUGGAAUCUGGUAUCGUAAGUAUCAAAGUGGUAAAUUAAAGUUGUGCAGGCAGUUAGCAGACGUGAAACCGCAGUUUGAUGACUGGCAUUUUUAAGACAAAAUAGCUUGAACAGACUAGCAAAAAUGAGUAAGAUCACAAUGAAUCCGAUAACAAGCUAUUUCUUGUGCAGAGAAACCCACCGAAAGCAACAUACCACCUCAACACGUUUUGACUUGAACCGGCCGCCAUAUUGAAUGUUCGAACAGCAUCAGUGCUGUUUUAACAUCAUCAAUAAGGUCCAUAUUUGCUCUUUGGCAUUAAUGAACAUGAAAGACUUGCUCCACAAAAAAUUUACUUGUUUACGUGAUAACAUGGAAAUAUACGGCUCAAUUACUUGCGUGGAACCUUCCUCCCUUCCUCUCUACCUGUUAUUCAAAACCGCAAACGUCACUGAAACGUGACGUUGCCAUCUGUAGUUUGGUGAGUUGUCAGCUAUUAUUGCGCUUAUUGCGCAUGUCGGUGUUGUUGGUAUCCAAAGGUCGCUCCUUUUAAAUGUAUGUUAAGCAAAAGUAGGGGUGUUCUGUUUCUGUCAGUUCAAAAAUUCGAGGCGUUACCGACUGAUAUUAGAUUUGAUAGAAUACGAACUGCAAGUUUAUUGAACGGCUUCAAAACCUUGAGUUUGAGCCCAGAAUAAUGGAGCGGAAGGCGCAGUCUUUUGUAUUUUCGUCAAUGAUUUAUAAAGAGGUUUAGUUGGAGACUCGUGAUCAGGGAUGUUUGUAGACAAAACGGCAAUGAUGGUUGCAGACAAUCCUCUGUUUGGUGAAAUAAACUUGGUUUCCCGUGUUAUUUUGUUGCAGAGUGCCCCAAAGGACAUCCCUAUUACAUUGGAGACGUAAGUGACCCUUUUUACUGCCAUUUGAAAAGUUACAAGUUUAAAACAAGACUGGUACCGUGGUCACCAACUCUACAUAUCUGUUUUCAUGGUUUAUUUUUACAUAAAUGUCAAAUCACAAGUUUCUCUUUCUCCUAACAAUGUUCUGCCAAGUUUCCUGGGUCUUAGCGGUCGCUCUAGAGACCGGAUUCCAUACCAGGCAACUGAGUAUUUCUCAUGCUCCUUACAUAUGUUAUUGUUUUAUUUUCAUUGUUAUCCUGUUUCCUUACCUUGCAGUGUGGCCGCCCUGUGGAAGUGAAGGUUUGUCCUGAGUGUAAAGUGAAUAUCGGUGGUUCCGGAUACCAUCUCUCUCGAGGAAAUACCACAGCUCAGAGGUAUGUAUCGUUAUUGUUGUCGUUUCCGCGCCGACCUUGUGUAAAUGAACAGAAAAUGACAGGAACUAAAAAGAGCCUAACGACGUGCGUAAAUCCUUAAGCGAAGCCUUUGUGUUCAAGUUAAUCGUGGCAUUCCGAAAUGGCCCGGCUAUCUUACUUGGUAAAAGGUUGCAGUUUCACGCGGCUGCAUGGGGCUUAACACUAUUUUCAGCAUAAGCAAGUUCCCUCUAGGUGGACUAAAUGCUAGCUCAUCUCUGGGUGAUUUCCAGCAUUGUCAGCUCGCUACUAACUACUCGCUGCCAUAGAUCUCUCUUAGAGAGAGGGAUCUAUACAGUGGAUAAUGCAAUUAGUAUCCCUAACACUUUUCAACCAGUUCAACAGGAGGACAACUUUUUCCUUUGGAACAACUGGAGCCUAGGUUAAUAUGGUUUGUAAUUGCAAUUGUACAUUAUGAUAUUAUAUUAUCCACUUCCCUCAGCGCUUGUCAUGGAAAAUUUGCAAAACUGGGCGGGGGACUUUAGCCCGACUGCUUAAUGCGCAAUUAUAAUUAAUUAAGUAAUGAUUUAUGAAUGCCCUGAUUAGAAAGUGAGUUUGAGAUAGACCACCACACCGGGGACCACUUCCCCUACUCUUAACGAACAGUGUGUGGGUACUUUAACGUCCCACAAAAUUUUAUGUGAACUAGGACUGUCAGACGGGGCCUCAGGUUUAUCGUCCUUAGCCGAAAAGAUUACAAAGUCCAACCGUUGGACAAAGGUAGCACUCUCUCCUCAGUUAUUUUGAAAACCCUGUGUGUUGGUCCGGCCGGGGUUUGAACCCGCGACCUUCCGCUCGGCAGAUGGGCGCUAAUCCAACAAGCUAACUGGUUGCCGGCUUACUGCUAAGGGUAGAAUCCUGACCUUCAGAGAUAAAGUGCGAGGUUCAAAAGUGGGUAAACCAGAAACAUCGGAAAUUAGUGUACUCAAAUCGACUCAUCACAUUGAUCGUGAAAGGUCUUUUUACAAGUAUAUUAUUCUUGUUCUGUAGGGCUGACCGCACAAUGACUGGUCACGUUCUUGGUCAUCCCAGUAAAAGGGCCAAAGGUUUGGUUCCUGAACGAAACCUUUCGUCCGUAGUUGUGGGAGUCACAAGGGUUCUUAUGCAUUGUGCUAUGAUAGAAGGAGCCAUCCGCCAACCACAGGUGAUUAAAAGUCGCUUUUUAUGUCUUGAGUGUAGGGGCAGUGUUGAAAAAGGCUAACACAAGCUUCUAUUUUAGAGAAGCAGCUAGAAAGCUCUCAAGGAAUGCGCUGAAACUUUAGAGGCCAAGCAGGCUAUUUCCUUAGUUGCUUUGAAAUCCUUUCCUAGACUACAUGUAAUCCGUUUAGCUCGUCACUUCUGACAAAUAAAUAAAGCAAUUGUCGCAUUUCGUUAUUCAGUAUCUGGAUUAAUAUAUUUUCCAAGCGUUGUUGAUUUAUACAAUAUUACUAGAAUUACCCAGUUAAGCCAUGCGCCUUUAAACUAUGUAUUGCCACCGAAAUUGAAAUCAAAUGAAAUCAAAUGUGAAUGCCAGUCAUCUAGAAGGGAGUAUAACAUUGACUGCUGUAAUAUUUAUGAUAGCAUGAAUGGAUAACUUGUUUCUCACUAUCCCUGUUUUGUGUCCCUGUUUAGGGUUUGGGUGCCCUCAUCCAACCCACAGUUCCCCCCGCGGCCUUGGCGCAGUUUUUAUGGGAUCACCUCCAUAUGGACCUACAGCUUCUCGCCAAAAGCCUUGGACGAAGUGUGGAUGAUACAGUUCUUUGCGUUCACAUGGUUCUUGUGCAAAUGACCGCGCUUAUUUCUAACCGUAAGUUGGAAAGCAUAGUCAAACGCAGACCAAAACUGACAACCAUACCAUGGCUAAGGGAUCAGAGGGUUUUUUUGUUACGGUUACCUAACGUUACUUGUGUUCAUUAAGUUAAACUGGAAAUUCAAAAUGGUAAAUGUGAUAAAUGACUGCGUUGCGUACAGGUAUUCGCACUUACGCGGUUCUAUUCGGAAUUAGCUUUCGCAGCUACCACGCAUCACUUGAAUAGCUGUUAAGUCGAGACUUAUUUUGUUCUCGCUUUUCAAGGACCUAAAAUGCCCACGUUAUUUGUGUUGAAAGGGCACAGAAACAUAUAAAUAAUAUGGGCAACUGAAACGAUUAAAUACUUAACUGACUAAACCUUUUUAAAAUACCUAACGAGAUCCGUUUAAUUUAGAGUAGUUCUUGCGAGCUUUUUCAAAACACCAGUGUUUGAAACAUGGAGUGGGCAUCAGUAAAUCCAUAGCAUUCUUGGGAGAGAGCAGAGGAUGACGAAAAAAUCCAGCGACAUUUGAAAAGAGCGUGGCAAAGAGAAGAAAUAACCACUUCUUAUUUUAAUCAACUUGAGUUAUUAGAAAAUAAACUUUGCAGCUUCCUACAGGUUAAGUGUCUAUGUGUCAUGCAAGAAAAGCAUUCGCUUCACACGAAGACAUCUUUUACCCGUUUUCAGAUCUCUUUCAUCUAUUUUAGGACAAGCAGACGUGAAUGUCGCCCCUGAUAUGAGGUCGAAAGAUGCUCGAAGAGAAUGGGAAACAGCGUUCAGCAACAGUGUGGUGGCUCCAGUGCUUACGGUAUGCCGACUUUACUUUAUUGUAAUAUUAUAAUUAAUAAUAAUAUCAUUUUAGCCGAUGCUUUUGGAAUUUUCUAAUUUGAUUCUCACUUCUUAAGAACCUCGAGGGAAAGAUCCAAAAUUGCUUGGGAAUGAUGGUUGGAGACAAUCGACUAGGUACGUUUUUACGUGUUAUUUCCUCGUGUACAUUAAUUAAUUAACUAUUUGUUUAUUUAUCUAUAUUUUUGCUUUUAGUUUAUAAUUUUAGAGAACCAACUAGCCAUCCAAUGCGAUGAAGCUGAAGUAGAUAUUAAAGUACACGAAGAAGUGCUCGGAAAAAAUCCAAGCCCCUGGCAGGAAUUGAUCUCACUACCUUCCUGUCACCGUUUGUAGUCUCUACCCACUGAGCUAUGGGUGACUCAUAUAGUGAGCAGGACGUUGGCUAGUCCCAGUACAGCGUUUCCCAGGCUCUCUCUGUCAUUUCAAUUCGGUGACCUCGCUUGGACCACGUGACCCGAAAUGCAUUGGCCGCGAGAAAUAAUGAGGCCUAGGGAGGAGGCAAAGAAGAACGUACACUUGGGGUAGUCACAGGACUUCGCAUCUCAAGAAGACAUAGGGCACUAAUCAAAGCAAAGCUAAAUACCUGCAUGUCGCAAGCACCUAAAAUAAGAGUUGUGUACACUGAAUAGAUUUAGUGAGUCACUAAAUCUAUAACUGACACAACUCUUAUUUCAUUUGCUUGCAAGAUACAAAAAAUUUAAUUAGUGAACGUUUUGUCUUUGAUUAGUGUCACAACUGCAAGGAUCGUUCUUCAUUUGAUUUCAUUUCCGUAGUUCUUAUAUGAUUUAUUUGAUAUACAUCUGUCACAUUAGUGUCCACUGUUCUCGUUACAUGCGAAGUCCUGUGACUACCCCAAGCGUACGUCCUGCUACUAUAUGAGUCAGUUAUAGCUCAGUAGGUAGAGCUUGCAACCGGUAACUGGAAUAUCGUGGGUACGAUAAAUUUAACCGGGUCUUCGUGUACUUUAAUAUCUAUUUCAGUCGUUUUUAGUUAAUUUACAUUUUCAUAAACUGUUUGAUUUAAAUCCGUUUUGGCCAUAUAAAAAACAUGAUGUGAUUCCGCGUCGUGUAGUUUUGAAAAGUAGAGCACCCCAUUAAGUUAAAUUUAUUGUUCCGAUUCUUUCAGGCAACAACCCCCUGAUGCGCCAGCUGUUUGAGGUGGACACCCCAUCUGAUGAUCUGUCUGUGAGUAUCACUCCCACAUGUCCCGCCCUGUGGAGAUAUCGAACUCAGGUGACUCUCGAUCACUUGUCACACACCUUUCAACAAGAGGUGGCCUCUACCGAUCCCGAAAGGAACAAAGUGUUAGCGGAGUUUUUACGACAGGUGAGUGUAAGUUAGUCUGCAUUUAAGGAGCUUUGUUACUAGGAUAUUGCUGUCUUAGGUCAAUGCUGUGCAAGUCUUUAUUUACUGACUUUUCCCAUACACAAAGUGCUCUUGUAGAGUUAUGAAGAAGAUAUUAAAUAAGUGUCAUCAGGGAGCACUAUUAAACCGUAAUAAUUUCUGGGUGAUUUUUUGCAGGCGUAGCAUUCAAAAUUGAAAAAGUUGGCCAAACUUUUUUAAUGAGUUUCACCAUCCUUGCCAUCCGUUACAAAGGACAACACGAAACAGUUCCAUUGCCUAAAUCUUAAAUCUACUCUUAAAUAACAAAACGGGACCAUUAUUUUUGGAAUUCAGUUGAUGCUAAGACAAGUUUAAGCUUUUUAAAAAGAUAGCAAAUAGCAUGACAUAGCCUCAUUAACUUGAUUGGUUUGGUAACCGACACCAGAAUAUUUUGCCAUCAAAAUCAACGACUGCAAAGGAAUGUUACUAUUAAAGACAAAGUAAUAAGUAAAUAAUAGUGUGGCACCUUGCAGCAAUAAAAAUAUUCUGUGAACAGUACCCAGGGGGACCUAGCUUUCUCUUUGUCUUUUAUCCCACUAUAGAACCUAUUCACAGGCUGCAAUGAAAACACUGCUCAGCUGUCUAGGCCCCUUUGAACAAUUUAAGCCCAUUUCGAUAAAUUAUGUAACUUUGUACUCGGGGAUAAUGCCGGAUACCUAUUGAUGUAAUACAAGCCGUAGACAAUAGGGAUCAUCUCUUUUCUCCUUUUUUUAGGAACACAAUCUCCGUGCCCUCCGCUUUUUGCCAGAUAUCAUUAAGCUACAGCGUCUUCUCAUGGAAAAAUUCCACCGCAGAAUCGACAGGGCAGAAGCAGAGCAUAUCACAAUCCGAAAUUUCCUAAAGAAGAUUCCUUCUAGUAAGUUAAUUGUAAGAAUAUGAGAUUACCUAAAUUGUCCAUGCAGAAAACAAGAGGGCCAUUUAUACGAGAAAAAAAAAAGACCCAUCUGUCAUUAGACGCGUCCUAAAUAAGACGCAAACUAUCUCGUAUAAAGGGCGCAUUAAGACUCGACUUAGCAAAGACAUGUCUUAUCGAAGAACAGGUGUUAGGGGCUGUUCUUAGAUAAGACGCGUCUUAGCUAAAUUUCAAACGAAAUGUGCCGUUUAUACGGGAUAGUUUGAGUCUUAUUAAGGACGCGUCCUAUGUAAGACGCGUCUUUUUUUUCCUCGUUUAAACGGUCCUAAUAUCUCGUACCUUUGUUCAGCUUCCAAAGCAUAACAGCGUAGAAUAUUUUGUUGAUUCUCUUGUAUUUGUAUGAACAAAACGAGUUUGGUCUUUCUGAUUCAAUUUGAAUUGAGGAAGUUAAAAAUAAAAGCUUUGUUAUGGUUUCCCUCUACUGAAAAAGCGUAGGUUGUAUCACGUGAUAUCUGCGCUCCUUUCUGUUACAAUGUGACCAAAUAUAACCAGUAAAAUCGCGCCAGAAUUAAUUGUUUGGUUUAAUUCGUAAUAUUCUCCACAGAAACAUCUAAAGAUGAACUCACUUCCCUGAUAAUGAGUUUUAACAAUGCGUGGAAUCACGUCAGACUGAGUCUUGACCAGCAAGGUAUGUCUCUUAGAGCUGUCAGUCUGCCUUACUUUGAAGUAACUUACAAUUUUGUGAAUUGCAGGAAUGAGUUAGAUUUGCUAUCUAACCCUUUAAUAUCCCUCGUAAGAAGCUAGCGUCAAUGUUUUUUUGCAAAAACAAACUUGAUCGUUGUAAACAACGGGAAGGUGAUGAUUAUAUCUUUGCGCUAUGAAGAUUAAGUUUAUUUUACCCAUCCUUUACAGGGGACAACUGUCAAUUUAAAUUAUAGUGCACAGUUUCGACUCUUGAACUUUUAGACGAAGAAACUUAGAACCUAUGGGCGGAAACUCUGUAUCCUGCAACGUAGAUACCACUCUAUAGGGAGAUUCCCUACCAAAAAAACCGUGUCGGAAGGUAAUUUCAGAUGGGCGGGCUUCACUGUUACGUGUAGACCCUGUAGGGCGGCCUCCCCGCCUGUUAAUGGGUGUCCCUGUGACACUACUCCUGUAAGGCAAAAAUGAACAACAUCUUAAGUCCGGGGUUACUCCCCUAUACAAGCCAUAUAGGUAUGUGCCGCCGCAAAAGGGAAGGAUUUUAAAUCCGUAUUGGUCUGAAAACGGGUAUAGACUUUGCUCAGUUUGGUCUGGAAUCGGGUGUGGUUUUCGAGGGAACUACGGGAGUGUGUGAACGUAUUUAUUGUUUCAAUUCCAAUGAGUAAGAAAGAAAGAGAAAAUGGAUUUUAAGAAAUCUUUUUUGUUGCUGUUCUAAUCUAAGUAAUGAUGACAUAAUUUCUUAAAGGCCAAGUCUGAGAAUGGGUAUGGAUUUUAGAGGCAAGGUCUGAAAAAUGACAUUUUGUAGUUUGAAAUAGGGUCAGGAUUUGGAGAACCGGGUGGCACACCCCCACCAAGAAUUCCCAGGAGUGUCCCCCGGGGAUCUAACGCGAACCAAUCCUUUUAUUGAAACAGGGCGCCUUCGUCCUCCAAGUGAUUUAUGCAAGAUGUCCAUGGAUAACUCGCGUCCUCUUGCAGUACUAUUGCCCAGUACUUCUGGGUUGGGCAUCUGCUCCACGGCUCUGGUAUUUUUUCUCACGAUGUUGCAUAACGAGUUUAACGAACGGUACCAGAAUUUGACCGGCGGAGAAGUCAAGUAAGUAGGGAAUUUAAGAUAGUUCACUACUGUAGGCUGGGACAGUUGGAUGCGUAUACGGGCGGCCUGGGGCCAUGACGGGAAAAAGACGCGAAAAUUUUCAAUUUAAGAUUCGGACAACAAAACAGAGGACGGUGAAGUCAUGUGCGAAACUCGCUUGUCAUUUCUUUCGCAGAAAGCUCAAUUACUGAAGAAGAGUUUCUUAUUUUAUACGAAGAAUACCAAUCAGAAGAAUAAGGGUACACAUUAAUUAAAGCUAGCGGCUUGUUUUCAAAGCUGCUCGAAGUUAUUAUUUGAACUUUCCUUUCACGGCUAUCCAAAGACAAAGUAGCCGAAUUUGUAACUAAAACAACAGAAGAAAUGCAAUAAUACGCAAAAAAGAAAAUAGUUGUUCCAUAGAUGUCGAAUAUCUACUAGUACAAUAAAAAACAAAGUUUACAUCCUGGAAUCGUGCCGAGAAACGGGGUAAUGUUUAAAUGUUUUUACGGUUAGUACGGAUACUAACACCACUUGCCCUUUUUGAUCUUUAGGGAUCUGCCUCACAUACAGCUACAAGACGUAACCACAUCACAACUGAUUGCUUAUGAUACUGAGAGAGAUCUACUUCCGCUCAUCCUGGCUCAAUGCAACUACUCUCUGGAGGUGGGUCGGGGAACGUUGGUACAGUACAACUGGGAUGCACUGGAAAGACAGCUGAUCGACAGGUUCAUCAGGAGAAAACCUCUUGUUGAUUUCAAGGUAAACGGUAGAAUUUCCAUGUGGGAUUUUGAUUGAAAGAUUGGGGAGACCAAUCCAUUGCCGGACUAUUAUUGUGUUUAUAUAGAGAAAUCUCUCCGUGUUAAUUUUUCCUAUAACCAUUGACGUAAACACCUUUGAGUGUUUACGUUUCCUAUAAACCCUUAAAUUUAAUCAUUUUCGAUCAGGUUGGUAAACCACAUUUUGUAAAGAACAACAGUGGAAUGCAUUGCUGCAUUGUAAAAAACUGCAGCAGGGGCAUUCGUUACCGCUGCCGUCAAACAACUCUAUAAAAGCCUAUUCAACCAUUUUAGUCACUCAAGCUAAGAAAGUUGAAUUAUACAGUAGUUAAGAUAGAUUGCGUAUGUCACCUGAAGAAGAACAACUUUUGUGACGUUUUUCGUAGGAUUCUCAUUUCUCAAACUGUCAACAAGAGGUUAGCGAGUCAGAGGAAAAGAAAAGAAAGGAAAAAUUGACAGUGACAGCACCACGGUCACGGUGAAUGUUCAUGACAGCAAUUGAAGACUUUCGCUCAGUAAACAUAGCUGCUCGUCAGUAAAUCUAUGUACCAAGAGAAAAAAGAGGUUGGACUUUCGGAGCCGUGAUACCCCCCCGGGCUCUAGUUUUCAAAAUAGUCAGAGGAGACUAUUUUGAGACCUCAAGUGUGCAAGUGUGGAACGCUGGCAUAUCGGUCAAAGUGUUUCGUCAGAUUUCUCUCUUUAUUCAUUAUUUCUAUUUAUUUAGUAAGUUAAUGAUUAGGCUCGAUUACCAGCCCCCUGUUUGGGAAAAUGAGCCCGCACUCAUCCCCCCGAAGGAGGGAGGAUCAAAGACCGCACCCGGGAGACGGCGGAAAUCGAGCCUAGUUAAUGAUUCACACAUAUAUUUAUUUUCACACAAAUAGGUUGUAUAUUUAUUUAGCAAGUUAAUGAUUAGGCUCGAUUACCACCCGCUGUUCGGGAAAAUGAGCCCCGCACUCAUCCCCCCGAAGGAGGGAGGAUCAAAAACCGGACCCGGGAGACGGCGGAAAUCGAGCCUAGUUAAUGAUUCACAUAUAUAUUUAUUUUCACACAAAUAGGUUGUCAUGGUGGCGUACUUACUCUCAUUUACUCUUUAAGAAAGAGUGUAGUGUUAAGCGUUUAUUGUCGAUUUCUUAUAUUUGAUUUUAAAAGCCCAAUUUGUUCAAUUAUUUUGUAGGAUGAGAGGUUUGCAUUCAGUAAAGAUAUCCAACUGGACUCUGUUUUUGCUGCCGUAAAGGGUAAAGUUCGUCAGGUAACAUCAUUCUUACUAGUAUACUAGAGCUAGCCUGCAGACUAGCCUCUAGGGAUAUAACGAUGUUAAAAGUAGUUGUACGAGAAAUGAUUACCCCGCGUGGCAUAUGCCUUGAUUGUAAAGUAGUUUCAACAGAGAGUAAAUGAGAGAAUGGAUGGAUGGAUGGGCGAUGAAUGAACGAACGAACGAAUGAAUGGGCGCUUUACGACGUUAUGAAAAUCACAUUAGACAUAUACAUAUCAAGGUGCCUUAGGCAGCUACGAUCUUAUGUCCCACACCCCACCUAUAAAUGAUAUCACUGGGUACGCCGUUCUGUGGUAUAAUCCUAGUCACGUGAGUAAUCAGAGUUUUGCAGUAAUGGAAGCGCCUGAAGGAGGUACCUUCACCGCCGAAUAUAUUAGGACCUGAAUGUAGUCAAUACAAUGCGUGGUGUUAAUUAUCGUAAUAUCGAUGACCAGAGGAAGUCUAAAGAACUGUGCGGUUCAAUUAAACUACGAAUAUAUUUUUGUCUUUUCACAGGUUCCUCUGAGUUCAGCAGUAAGCCGUCAAGUCAUAAGCGAGUUUCGCUCCCUGACUGACAUCUGUGACGCGCUGUCAUCUUUGGACAUUGCCAUUGGUUUUCUAUCUUCCACUGGGGGAGCCCCUGAAAGGCUCCUCAGUAACUAUCUAGGAGGGGUGCUACGCAUGCAACAAAAUACUCUACGGAGUUUGAAGGUAUAAAUUGUAGCUACAACUAAAGUUAAGUUUGUACGGUAAAGAAUUGAAUUUUACAUCUUUUAGCAUCAUUUUGAUAGGAUCAAUGAGACUUUGUACUUUUUAUUGUCUAUUUUACGUACGUACUGUUUUUCUUGUUUAGCAUAGUUUUAAUUUAGUAACAGUUCUCGUCUGAAAACCACCCAUGGGUGAUGGCGUGUUCCUGUAUAAAGAUUUUAAUCAUUAUUAUUAUUAUUGAUGCAGCAACCUUCGCGUUUGUGUGCCCGAUUUUCCUCUUCCCUUUCCCUUUUGAAUGUAUGUCACUCCGGGUAUCCUGUCAUUAGUAUUCUACGCACAGCUCGGCUACCGAAAGAUUCUUCGUGGGUCGAAUCUAAGUUUCUUUUUUUGCCAUUUUCCUUUCCAGGCGCAGCAGUACUGUCAGUUACGUCACGUGAUCUCUCUCUGGCGACUUCUCACCCUUGAGAGAGCCAAAAUUCUUAUAAGGCGAGGCGAGGUAAGGAAUAUGAAUAUUUCCACCUGUAACUUGCAUGACAUUAGCAAGGACUUCGUAACAACAUUCAGCUGAGCUGAGGAAUUAAACUUCCAAGUUAUCAUUGAACAGAAACAGUGUCGCCUCCGUUCUACCCCCCAAAAAACAAAAAACAAAAACCAAGGAGACUGGAAGGCGACUUUUGAAUUGAGUCGUAAAAUAAACGAGAAAGUAGUUACUCCGUGUAAUCGGAACAAACGCAAACAGCCUAUAAAAGCAAUUAGACUUCCAAGACGCAAAGUAGCUAGGAACAAGCUCUGUAUUGGGGGAGUCGUGCGCGAGUGGUUCGCGAAAGAAGGCGCGAGGGCACGGGGCUUUGCCGCUCACCUGCGCAAUUUCUUGCGACUCGCCUCGCUCGUUACUCGACAUAGAGAGCUUACUUCCACUUGCCUAGCAUGCCACGAUUGGUUUAAGUUUUGCUUUUGAUUGGUCGAGUGGGGCACGGAAUUUUGUCGGUUGUUUAUCUAAGUACUGUAAGAGAGAUGCAAAUAGCAAUGCCUAAGACUUAACUUUUUGUUAUUGCCUUUGCAGGAUCCGUUUGAGCAGAUUUCGGACACCUACAAGCAGGUCAUGUCCCGAGGCCAGAUGAUCAAGUUUAGCAAUGGAAUGAGGAGGAUUGACUUGGAUUGCUUUGUUUGUGAGGUCCUGGAGCUUAUUUUGCUGAACUUAAGAGGUGAUGCAGUCCCCGGAGAAGAAGAAAUGAG